GUGUUAUUUUCAUGGAGGAUGCUCGUUGGCCGACAAUGAUGCAGUUUCUCUGAUCUUAAAAUGUCAUUUUGAAACCGUUACAAGCUGUUGGGCAGUGAGCCUAGAGCCAUGCACGUGGUUACUCUAUUAUACAAUGUGCUUUCGGCCUUGUACUUGCCUGAAACACAACGUUUAGAGCAAUGCUAGUGGUUUUGAUAAAAAGGUUAAGUCUUAUGUUAUAUAAAACAACAUGGAAAGACCUUUCAGUCAUCCUACAGGUAUUGAAAAAGAUGGCGGAAAUAAUUACACCACAGGAAGGACUAUGGACGGCUGUGAUGUCGCUAAUAUCGGCGAAAGGGAUCUGAACAACAGCCAGGGAAACGUGACGCCGGCGAUAGAAAUGUUGAGUUUUAAAGACUGUGACGACGAUGAAAGUGAGAUGGAGACGGUUGAAAUAAUUAAUUUGAAUUCUAGUGGACAAGGGCUUGACAUCAAGACAGUGGUUGAAUCAUACUUAGUCGAAGGUAAGAAGACUUUUUUUUUAAAUGCCCGCACACGAAAUAUUAAGUGGAGGGUUUAAUUGGUGGAUGAGCGGAAAAUGUGUCAUGAAAUGCAUGUUUCUUUGCACGAGGUACGUACGUGUCAGGGCCGGUGAGGUUCGCAAACUUUCCCGACAAAUUGAAUAAACAUCCUCCUCUAGUGAUACCAAGUUGGGUAAAAUUUCCGCACAGUCCCAUAUUAUUGUAAAACAAAUCUGUUUUUCCAAUGGCAAUGUACUGUUUUUGUCAUUGUUUUCUCUAUCCAAGAACUGAAUGCAUAAUGUGGUAUGGGGCUGUGUGGAAAUUUUACCCUAAGUUGUUUUUAGGGUUAUCAAGUUGUUUUGCUCUUUGUAAAGAUUCUUGUGAUAUUAUUGUGAUGGUCACGCGUGGAUCAUGGCCACGUUUAUUAGUCAGUACUUUCAGUUAUAUGUUAUCUCUUUCACACGACGAGUGUGCUUGGUUGUGUCUCAAUCAGCCUCUUUCUUUGCAAGAGGUGCCAGUGUUGGCGUGGUUAACAAACUCUCCUCGCUAAUUGAGUAAAGCAAGAUUUUUUCAAAAUUGAAUACUUUGUCAGAAGAGUUUUUUUUGUAUAUUGAGAUUCAUGUGACAAAAAUGUGAUGAACUUGCAUAGAUCAUGGUCAUAGUUAUAUGGUACCUUCAGUAAUGUGAUCUUUAUCAAGCAACAAGAUUGAUUUAAUUAACUGGCCCAACCUCAGAACUGCCACAAGGGCUGUAAUAUUCUACUCCAAAGGCCUCAACAGAAAGUGAAUUAACUCCAUUACAAGAGGAUGAUACCUUUACAAUACCUCACUGAUAGUCAGCCACCCAAAGGUUAUUUCGAUCAUGGUAUUGGUAAAAAGCCAUGACAAUCAUUCAAUCAAUCAGAAAAAAAUAUUUAGUUUCACUCGAUAAGCUGCUAGUACGACUUCACAUAGCUUUCGAGGGUUAGCAAAGGGUGGGUCCUAAUCCCUUUCCACACACAAAUUCUUGAAAAAUUUAUGUGACCUGUAAACUAUAUUUUAAAAAAUGCCACAAAUUUAAAAGGGAAAACUUCAUAUCAUAUGUACUGCCAUAUGCUUUCCUCUUCAAAAGCCUAAAUGUGAUAUAUGCCUUUGUGUAAAAGCAUGUUUUGUCUAGGAUUUCAUUUUAUCAGUUGGUGCAAUACACUUUUAAGAUUUCCUUUGAAACGGUGUAUUAAAGAACAGUUACCUCACUGUGAGGAAUGAAUUAUCUUGUGAAUUACUUAAGUGUGUUCACAUUUUAAUUAAACAGGUGAUUUAUUUAUCAAAACAUUCCAGCUAGGAUGCUGGGGAUUGUUGGCAACUAUGCAUUUUAUUAUGUCUGGAUUUGAUUUAACUGUGAAGUUCUACAUACUGUUUGAAAAAGUGCUUGUAGAAAGUACAAUUGUGGACAUUGAUACCCUCAUAAAUAACAAUGCAGGAAUCACAAACACUCCCAAAAAUUGAAAUAACAUUUUCUGACUUUUUGAAUAUUUGUGUUUUACUGGUUUGGUAAACUCUAGUAGUAAGGUGUUAAUAUUCUACCCUAGUUGCCAGAAUUAAAGUUUUUUACUCACUCACCCACUCAAUUCUGGAUAUGUUGAUGUGUAUAAGUCCUUUUUCAGUUGAUAUCAGUUGAUUGGAUUCUUUUUAGUUGCCCACUUGUUGAAUUUUAACCUUCUACACCCAAGCUAACAUCAGUAAGCAUGUUCUUCUUAUAUUUCCUAAAAUGCUGACAAGGAGAACUUGUUUUAACAAUCAGUAGCUUCUUAAGUUGGUGAUCAUUUCCUUUAUUCUUCUGACCUUAAUAUGUGAUUCAGGGGAGAUAUUGUAAGGAGAAAUUAGAUGCUGGUCACUUAUAUGAGUCAAAGGAUUAAGAAUAAUGUUAACAAUGCAUUACAUGAUAAUAAUGGGAUAAUCUUGUAAACAGUCAAGUAAAAUGUAAGAGAGUUGGUUCAGAGUACAUUUCUUAAAUUUACUUACUUGGUUUUAAAAGUGUUCAUUUCAAGGAAUUUUUUUUUCUUUUAAUCUAGAAGAUGGUGUUCCUGAUACUUCCCUAAUGCUGUCUAGCCACCAGGUGAAUAUUUGAUUUAUUUUAUGCACAUCCUUUUUAAAAAUGAACAAUCAUUUACAAUAGUUAAUUACUGAUAAUAAUGAAUUUUAAUCCUUUAACUCUCAGAAGUGAUUAAAAAGUGUCUUCUCUUCAUGAUAUCCGUACAUUAUCUGGCAAACAGUUAAUAAGAAUGCUCAAAAUUGUCAGGUAGAAUUUGUUAUCUAGAUUAACACCAAAUCCCUUUAACUAAUUUACAAGGAAAUGUUUGGCUGUUAGAGGAGUGAAUUGGUACUUGAGUGCAGCUUCUCCCUGUAGUCCUGUCAUGAGCCAAUGAGUAGCUUAACCUUAGCAUUGAUAUCCAGAACAUGGUAUUGGGACCAAACUUAAGGUUGGGCCAGUCUAGGAUAGCUAGCCCCAAGAUGUCACAUAAGUUAACCCUUUACACCCAAACAUCAGUAUGUAUAUUCUCUAUACUGUUAUCUAUACAUUUCCUAAGGGGUUGGAAAGGAGAAUUUGUUCAACAAUUAGAAGCUCUUUAGUUGGCAAUCAUUUCCUUUAUUCUCAUGAUCUUAAAUGAAUGAUUCAACAGAAUUAUUGUGAGGAGAAACUAGAUGCUGGUCACUGUUAGUGUUUAAAGGGUUAAAACAGUGUCUUUGUUGUAGUACUGUAUUUAAUUUUUGUUUCAUACACAUAUAACUUCAUUUCUUUCAAUUUUCUUUAUCGCAGAAACUCCCUUCAAAAAAUUUCUGUGCAGAAAUCAGGGCAGCUAAGGAUGUUGAAACUUUCCUUGAACGACCAACACUACUUCUUGGAUUGCACGAGACAAGUCUGCAAGGAAUUAUUGAUGCAAUGCUGAAGAAGCUGAUCACUGUAAUUGGUGGAGAAGACAUUGAUUUUGAAGAAGCUAGGCUGUCAUUUUUCACUCAUGACUCUGGUGAGGAGUUAUAUCAUAACCUUAAGAAUAUUGAGUACUUUACCAACUAGAUACUAUUUCAUUCUUUGAUUAGCCCUUUAAUUCCCAGAAAUUUUUAAAUGUAACUUCUUAUAAUAUCCUUACACUAUCCAACAAACAGAUUAUGAGAAAACUCAAACUUUUCAGGUAAUAGUUGUUAUCUUGAUCUAACACCUGAUUCUUGUAACAAUUUAACAAGGGAAUGUGUUACAGCUGGAGGGGAGAAUUGACAACCAGAUCUAAAAAAAUGUCUGUAAUUAAAAAUCGCUUGUUGAGGGUGAUUUCAGUUGCAAAUUGACAAAAAUUUCUGACCAUACUUGUUUCUUAAACGUUAAAGAUUGGAUUGGAUAUUGUCCCUAGUGAUAAUUAAAUUUUGGUUAAAUGUUCCUCUUUUAGUUCACUGCUUGGCUAAAAUAAUCCAAGGAACAGAAAUAUCUGAAGGUGGAGGCUGGGAAGAAACUCAGAAUUGGCUCAUUGCACUGUAAGUCAGUAUGCACAUAAGUGCAGCUGUGUUUAAUUGCAAUUGAAAUUCUAUUAAGUUGAUCAUCAGUGAGGCUAAACUGCCUUUAGUCGGUAAAACAUGGUUUGGGUUUAUUAUUUUAUAUUUUUAAUUGUACUAAGCUAGCUCACUGUCGGCUGCCAUGGGAGAGGUAAAAGGUUCAAGCCUGAGACAGGACCACUACUCAGGGUUUUAAAAUAACUGAGGAAAAUGUUGUGCCUUUGUUCUAACAACUGCAAAUGUUUACAUGUUGUAGUCUCCUUGGAUUAGGACAAUAACCUGUAUGCAUCUUCUCUGUACUGGUUAGUAGGGGACAUUAAAGAACCCAUGCACUUCUUGCAAAGAGUUGGGAAAGUAUGUUCAGUGUUGUAGUCUGGCUUUAAUAUUGUUUAUAAAGCCCCCCAUUUAAACCAGCCUUAAAGCUAAACUGGGCCAGCCUUUCUAAAUGUUGUAAAUGAAUAAAUUGAAUAAGUAAAUAAAUAAUUUUUUGUCUUUUACUGACUAUAGGGGAGAGCUACCAUCUGUUCAGCAGAGCCACGUGGCCUUUGCACAGCUGAGACAUCCUGUAAACUUGGGAAGAACACUUGAGGAGACUCAUUUGGUUGUCUUGGUGCUUGCUCCUAGUAAAGCUGUAAGUUGCUGCAUAUUCACCCUUUACACCCUAAUAUCAGUAUGCAUACUUUUCAUACUGUUGUCUGAGCAUUUCUGUCAAGGCUGUCCAGGAGAAUUUGUUUAACAAUCAAAAGCUUCUUGAGUCUGUGAUCAUUCCUUUCUUCUUGAUGCCUUAAUGUUUGAUUCAUGGGUGAUAUUGUGGGGAGAAAUUAGAUGCCAGUCACUCUUAGGGGUCAAACAGUUAAAGGCAAACAUUUCAAAGUCAGAUGACCAUGCAUUCCUCUAAUUAGUUGCUUUAUUCAUGGCAAGAAGUUCAAAAUUAUAUUAGGGGUGAGUGCUGGGAAUGAGUGAGGUAUAGUUCUUGCCACUCCAAUAUAAAAUGAAUAUCUUAUACGGUACUGUGUAAUAUCCUCUGUAUAAAUUAAUGUGUGUGUUGUUUAUUGGUGAGAGGAUGAUACAAAGUCAAUGGGGAGCGUGGUUGAGUAGUAUGCAAAUACUACUCAAAAUACUACAAUGUUCAGCAAAUGGGAGUGAAAUUAAUGAAUUAAUAAUAUAGAUAUUUACCAUUUUGUUAUAAUUUUAACUUAUACUCCUUUACUGGCUAUUUUAUUGUUAAAAAAACCUUGAUUUGGGAAUACAUGUAGUUUGUUCUUGAAAGUUGCCCAUUGAGAUUUUUCUUCUUAAUUUCAUGCCAUUCAGAAAAGCACAAAGAACUCACUGGAAACAGGAAGAACUUUUGCAACAUUAUUGUCUGACAUAGAGACAAGACAGUUGCUUAUUGAAGCAGAAACAGAGGAGGAAUUUAAGGUUUGUUCAAGCUGUAGUUAUGAUAAUGAAUUUGACUUUGCAGAGAUUGUUUGCCCUCCAUUUAUUAUAAAGAGUUCAAACUACAGCAUCUAUUGUUUUAUCAUAUGGUUUCCAUUUACAGAAAGUACUCUCAGUGCACAAAGAGACGCUUUCUUCUCGAUCAUGGUCAAAACGUAAACCUACCCGAAGGCAAUUUGGUCUCCAUCCAAAGUCCUCCUUUAUCCAUCAAAGAGAUGAUGAAAAGGUAUACAGUUGACCAAGAUGCCAAAAAGCUUUUUUUAAUCUCUCUAUUGUAGAGCAUCUCUGUAUAUGAGUCAUUUGACCCUUUCACUCUCAAGAUCCUGUAUUAAGUAAUUCUCUUUGAUGUCUUCCAUACAGUUCUUAUGAUGUUAGUUCUGGGAAUUUGGUCUUGGAUCAACUGAUAAUCUCCUAGUUGAUAAUUUUCUUUAUUCUCAUCACUUAUCUGCUUGAUAUUGUAUGAAAAUUGUAAGGAGAAAUUCUGUCUUGGUCACUCAAGGAGCAUGAGUCAUUCAGUAGCAUGGAUAAUGUUUCAUUAUUUGUGCAUACAGAGUACUGGUACUUACCUUAUCCAUCAAUUUGACAGAGAUCAGAGCUGUUCUCAUUUGGAAGGGGGGUCAUACGUGACUUUCGAAGGAGAUGGCCACAUUACUUAUCUGACUUUAAAGAUGGUAAGUUGAGGUGUAUGUACCAAAUUCAUUACCACAGAAACAUGGAAUAUUUUUCUCAAAUACUUCCUUGUAUCUUUUCAUGUGAAUUACUUUAUCCAAAUUUUUUUUAAAGUAUUGUAACAGGUAUUAAGAUUGCAUUUCUGUAUUAAAUCAAUCAUAAUGUGACUGUAAGUGGAUUAAACUAAAUGUUGUUUUAAUUAUUUUGGCCUUAUCUUGUAUCAUGUGAAUGAAUAUUUGAAGAGUGGCUUUCUUGGAAUUAAUUUAAUUUUCAAACUGUUUGAGAAUGGUUUGCAAGCUGACCCUUAUUUCUUUUGACAGUACAUUUUAAGAUUAUUUUAUUAUUUGUAUUUUUUUUCAAUUUUAUGAUUAAAUAGGAAUAAGAGGUCACAGGACCAUUCCUAAAGUGAUCUCCACAACACUAUUCUUAUACUUUGCCUGUAUUCUGCCAUCUAUUGCAUUUGGUGUUCUCAAUGGCCGCAACACUAAAGGACAAAUUGGUAAGUUGGCUAGGUUUGUUGAGACAGGUAAUGCUAUGUGCAGGUUUAUGUCAGAGAAAUUGACAGAAAUGGUAUGAAUACUAGUUGAAUAGUUUGUUUUUUAAUGGCUGUAGUUAAGAAUUUGCUAGUAGGUUUUUACAUUUACACUUCAAUUCAUUUGGUGAUUCAUAAAAUUUAUAUUGUCAGAAACAUUAAAAAUUUUGAAUUUAUUGAACAUGUUGUGAUAGCAGGUCCACAGUAACUGAUCAGUGUCACAUCAUUAACAAGUUCACUUUACACAUUUUAUCGUUCAGAAGCACAGAGAGUUUGUUGCAUUGCAUUACAAAACUUGCAAUGAGAUUUGUAACCUGAGCUAUGACCCACAUCAAUUAGCUUACACUUUGUUGUCAUUGAUUGUGAAAUGCAAGUCACAUUCUUUAGUGAUGACUUAGAUGUUGACUGCUCCACUCAUCAUUCUUUUACAGAUGUUCAGAAAGUAAUCAUUUCACAAUCUGUGGGAGGAAUUUUGUUUGCCCUCUUUGGAGGACAACCUUUAAUUGUUUUACUUACCACAGCUCCACUGGCACUGUAUAUCAAAGGUGAUGUAUAAAUGUUGUCACAGUACAAUAGUAAUUAUAUAACUUCAGCUGGUAAACAAAUUGUAACACAUUUUAAUCAGAAGAAAAUGACCUGAGAAGAAAUCCCAAUUUAAAAUUGAUAGCAGCAAUGGCAUGUCUAUCAUGUCUACUUACAGAUAAACAAGGCAUUUAAAAUUUUUGUAUUUUUCUUAUUUUGAAAAAAAAUGCUUAUAGGUAAACAUCAUAAUAAUAAUAAUAAUAAUAAUAAUAAUAAUACAACUCAUUUAUGUAGCACAUAUACAAAGGCACUAUGCACUUUACAAUGUAGUACACAAAAGUAAAUAAAAUGCCUUAAAAAAGAAAUCACUUCGUCUCUAAAACUUUGGCUAAAAGAAAUGUCUUAAGUUUGGACUUAAACAUUUCUAAAAAUUUCCAAACAUCUCAUCAUUAUUAAUCACUUGGCAUUUGUUUUUCCUUUAGUUAUUUACAACAUUGCAGCAGACUUUGAUUUGGAUUUCUUUGCAUUAUAUUCUUGUACUGGUCUUUGGAACUCAUUCUUCUUAUUUGUCUACUCUACAUUUGGUCUUUCUCAGAUCAUGAAGUGGUCAACAAGGUACAAUGUUUCUUCAAUGUGUAUCAGUUUUAUUUUUCUCAGAUUUAAAAAAAAAGCAGACAUUUAUUGUGUAAUUUUCCAUAUCUUUUACGAAUGAACAAAAAGUAUGCAGCCAUGCUAUUCAUUGUGAGUUUCUGGAGAUUCUUUAUCAUGAAUUUUUAGUUUGGUUAACAUUUGAUAUGUUUUAACCAUGUUUAUUUUAUGGCAAGAUAGUCCUGAGGUAAAUCCAAGCACUCUGAUUGGUUGUUACUUGGUCCAUAUUUUGGCAUAGCGAUUGUUUUCACAGAAAUGGUCCAAAGGCAUGUAUUUUUGGUCACAAAAGCCAACAAAUUCCAAAUAAACAUGUUUGGUCUGUGUGCCAUACAACAAACUACUUACCAAUCUUGCUUGCUCAAGGCAUACAGGGGAAUAUUAGCCCUCAGUCCAAACUGCUACAACUUUGGACCAAUAUUUUCCAGUACUGCCCAUGUGCUCUGUUAGUGAGAAGUAAUAUUUUUUUUCUUCACAGAUCAACAGAGGAAAUUUUUGCUUUGUUCAUCUCACUUGCAUUUACAGUAGAUGCCAUUAGUAGUAUCAUCAAAGGUACUGAUAAUGAUUACCCAGAAAAAACACAAAUUGUUAUUUGUCAUUCUAGAUUGGUGGAAGUGUCUCUGUGAACACAUUUGCACAUUUACACAUGUGAAAAUGUGGUGGUGGUGUAUUUACAAGUUUUAAGAACUAAGUUGUGUUACAAGAGUCACAGACAUACACACAAGUCAAGGUGUUUUAACAACAAUUUUGAUAAAGAUCAAAACAACUUACCUUUGGUCUGUUUUACAGAUUUCUGUUUGUGUUUCAAUUUUUCUUUGCCCAUUUUAGCAGACAGGGAUUGUUUUAAAAAUUUUACCUAAGAAAUUUGCCCUAAGAAAUUGGCUUGCAGGCAGCCAAAAUUGUUCAAAUUGAUUUUUUACUGCUGUGUUGUCUGUUUGUUUGUGUAUGUGACUAUAGCACAAUUAACUUUUACACCUUAUCAUUAGAAUGCGUACUCUCCAUACUGCUCUCCACAAAUUUCUCAACAUUCUUAUGAGGAGAAUUUGUCAAACAAUCAAGAGCUUCUAGAUUUUGUGAUCAUAUCCUUUAUUCUUAAAACCUUAAUGUUUGAUUUUGGGGGUGAUACUGGUGGAAGAAAUUAGAUGCUUAUCAUAAGAAGGAUUAAGGUUAAGUGACAGUAAAGUAAUGAUGAAUACAUGACAAAUAAAGUGUUAGUAUGAUUGCCUUUUUUUUUCACUACUUUUUAAGAAGGAAUGCUGUGGGAGUUGUUUGGUACAUGUAUAUAUUUUUUCUUUCACCAAAACUUCUUUGCAGAAUACUCAAAUCCUCACUGUACAAGCUUAAGUUCCUGUUGGAACUCAUCAUCUUGUGUUGUUGGCCAGGCAAUUGCUGAUAAUUUCACUCAUGAUCAGGUCCCAGAUGUAUCUGUUUGUAGCAGAGAGGGAGGUCUCUCUUAUGCUGUUAUAAGCUUAGGAACAGUUUGGAUUGGUGUAGCACUGUACAAUUUUCGUAAGAGGUCAGUAGCAACAGUGUAGUAUUUGGACAAAAAGAGUGCUGGGAAGUUUGUCUGUGAUUCCAACAAGUUGGUGUUUCCUUAUAUUUAGGUGUGAUUAGACCUUCAUUACAGAGCACUCCUUGAUGUGACUCUGUUAUGACUGGUAAAGUAUUUUAUCCUCUGAAUUUGCAGCACAAGGUCUCAGUUUGGUGACCUGUGUUCUUCAGUCAUGGAGCAAGUUGUAACAUCUCAUACAUAAUGUAGUUUCAGUGGUUUGAAGUCAAAAUGAGAUGAACCUUUUCAUAAAAUAUCACUCAUGCUGUGUAAUUUUUUUUCAUCCUUGGUUUACUGAAUGCUCAGUUUUGAGAUGUUGCAUGAUUCUCUUAAGACAAACUACCUCAAUUGAAAAGGUACUUAGAUUUAAAUUGUUUCUGCCCCGUAUUUGUGUUUCGAUAUGUUUGUUUACUGAUGGAGUAUAUUGAUUUCAGCCCAUUUCUUGAUGCUGGAAAGAGAGAGGCAUUGGCUGAUUAUGCACUUGUGGUGGCUGUACUUGUCAUGUCUUUUAUUGCUUCAUAUUUUGUACGAGAUAUUGAUAGUAAGUACUGCAAGAUAAGAGCAGGGUGUGUUAUUGUUUCUUUGAUAUUUACUUAUUCUAUGUCAUAAAUGUGAUAGAAGUGAAGAAUAAAUAUCAGAUUGUGGGAUUUUACAUAAAGAUCAGGCCCUGGUUGUUCAAAGGUUGAAUAACAUUAUCCACUGGAUAGAACUCUAUCCGGUGGAUAAUGCUAUAUGUUUAGCUAUCACUUAUCUGCUGGAUAGCAAUUUAUCCAUUGGAUAGCGUUAUCUGCCUUUUAUACAACUGGGCCUAGAUUAUUAUCAUCACAUAGUGACAAUAAUUAGGAUGACUAACUUGUCAUGAGACAACCCUGCAUUCAACUUUGAAUUCUGUGGUAGUUCAUAAUUUCAGAGCUAUAUAAAGAAGACAUUCUAUUCAAAAUUUAAUCAAUAUGAUUAUAACUUGAUCCUUUAUUCCUUGUGAUUUUUCACAGAUUACAAGUUUGAAUCAAGUGGUACAUUUUCAUUUACUGUUGCUCCCUUACACAAGCUCACUUGGGGUGCAGUGUUUGCUGGACUUGGGUUAGGGUUCUCCCUUUCUCUGUUGUUUUUCAUGGAUCAGAAUAUUUCAAGUGCCAUGGUCAACAAUCCUGGAAACAGGUACAUAACUUUAAUUAUUUUUUUCAAAGAGGGUUUGCUAAGAGAUUCUGUACUCUGCUUGGUGCUUUGUUUAUUCCAUGGGUCUCUUUUCAGCCCACCAUUAUGGUAAUGCUUUCAUUAGUGUUUUAAGUUUUAUUUUUUGUCUGAAGGAAAAGAUGAUUCGAUGAUUUAUUGAAUUACAUGUAGUCAAUGUGUUCACUAAAUACCUACGACCUUUUACUUGGAGAUUUGCAUUCCUAGAUAGUUGAUGAGCUUACAAAGCCUCAGAUUGAUUAUCAGUACUGCAAAGAAUAGCAAAGUAUGCCAGUAUUGAAUGAUACUGUUUUACUCUUAAUCUCUCUGUAGUAAUUAUGAUUGAUUUUGGCAGGAUUUUUGAUAAAUGAUUAAAUCACAUAUCUUUAACCCUGUCAUUGUUACCAUCUACUAAGCAGUGAUGUCAAAUCACCAAAUUUAACUUUUUUGUUUUCAUUAGAUUAAAGAAGGGUAGUGCAUACCAUUGGGAUUUACUUGUUGUGGCUGUAGUCAAUGGCUUUCUAUCAAUUUUUGGCCUGCCAUGGGUACAUGCUGCCCUUCCUCAUUCACCAUUCCAUGUCAGGGCAUUGGCAGAUGUUGAAGAGCGAGUGGAUAGAGGACAUGUGUUUGAAAUGUGAGUUUAGUAUCUUCCAGUGUAGAGACCAAGAAGUCUUUAUAUAUAUCCAACCAUAUAAAGAUUCCUUUGAAACCUUUUUCAUAAUCAGGAUGACAAAUCAAGUUUGUUUUUAUACAGUAGCAAAUAAUAAUUAACAGAAGUGAGUGGUUCUAAAGCUCGGUAAAACUAGUGACCAACUUAGGUUGAGAGCUCCCUAAUCUUACACUCAGAAAAUUGAUAGGGAAUUAAUGUGGGUUAGUUCAAAGUGAUUGGAAUGCUAUUGAACAUAAGUCAGAGUAAUGUCUAAAAACUGAAAAAUGGUGUCAGUUAGUAAAAACAUCUGUUGAGUAUCUCAACCAGUCAGAUCACCUUUACUAACUGUGAGCAGAGGAAUUAGAAACCCUGUGGAUUGUGUAUGAAAUUGUUUUUUGCACAAAUCAGAAAUGUAGUAUGAAAUUCUACUUAAAUUAUGAUAAAUACAUGUACUUUUACUAAGGCAUGAAAUGUAAAGAAGGAGUAGAGGGUAAUUUGAAUACCUAAUAGUUAUUUUGCAUUACAGUUCCACUCAGAACUUCAAAGACCAUUUGACUUCCAUUGCCCUUAGAUUUAUUUUUUUUAAGGAAUUGCUUUAAAAAGUUCUUCAAAUGAAUGGCAAUUUAAUCUGUUGGAUUGAAAUAUGUUUGCUUUUGCUUGGUUAACUAAGGCUAUUUGAGCCUUUGAAAAAGAAACAAAUAAGGAUUAAGGAUUUUAAUAGUGUGUUUUUUUUCUUUUGCAGUAUUGUUAAAGUUAGAGAGACAAGACUGACUGGGUUUCUCUCAAGCACUCUCAUUGCAUUAUCACUGUUGAUGUUACCCAUUCCUCUCACACUGAUCCCCACACCUGUCCUUGAUGGCCUGUUUCUUUUUAUGGCCGUGACCUCCUUAUAUGGUAACCAGAUGUUUGAAAGAGCCUUGCUGUUGGUCACAGAACAGGUUGGUAGGAUAUCAAACUCUUUUGUCACAGGGUUGUGCCCUAACAGAGUCCAGUUGUCACAAAUGAGUAAAGUGCAUCUGAGCCACAUAGUGUUAUUGUCAGGGAGAGCUUUUCAGAGCUAUGUGCCUGGAUUUUUGAGAUUUAGAGCGUCCAGCUAAUUAUUUGAAGAGCACAACCCUGUGUAUGCAAAUACUGUCUCUUCACGGUGAUUAUGUCUUGUAUUAAUUCUGGAAAACCAUCAUGGUUUUCCCCUUUGGACUUUCUUAUGGUUCAACUCUAUGUUGAUUUGGAGACAAAAUUUAUUCUACUUGAUUAAAUUAGCUCCUAAGUCAUAAUAAAUUAAAUUUCGUUAUUAUAAUUUAUUACAAUCUGCCAUUAUUAAUGAUUAAGUUUUGAUACUUCUUGUCAUUUCUAAGAGACCUGAAAAUAUGAGAUUUGUUCAUAUAUGUUUAAUGUUGUAGGCUGCCUACCCACCAAACCACUACAUUCGGCAUGUGCCUCAGAGAAAAAUGCACUUGUACACUGCUCUGCAGUUCUUACAGCUUGGUGUUUUAUGUGGAUUUGGAUUUGCCCCAUUGCCUUAUCUUAAGAUGGUGUUUCCUGUUCUUCUCAUGUUUAUAUUGCCCAUCAGGUAAGACCAAGGUACAAUUUGAGUAACCUCAAUGGUUAAGCCUUUAGCUCCCAUGAGUGACCAAGAUAUAAUUUCUCCCUAUUAUAGAAAUACAAUAUCAAGCAGACAAGUGUUGAAAAUAAAGCCAAAAAAAUAAAUAACAGGCUUAUUAGUUGAUCCAAUACCAAAUUCUCUGAGCUAACAUCAAAAGAAUUGUAUGAUAGACAGUAAGGAGAGUUGCUAAUGAGAUGUUGUGAGUGAAACAGCUGAACAUAGAACGGGAAAAAAAUUUUUGAGGAAAAAAAUCUGGGUCAUAGGCCAUAUCCCUUUUAGGAUUCAGACUCCAUCCACUUUCUGACUUUGGUGGUAGUGAUAAUUUUUACAAAUAGUGAACAGGAUAAGAUAAGCCAUCAUUGUGUUAAAGGGGCUCAUUAAGAUAAACACCAUCUAAAAGAUAAAAAAAAGUUUAGAUAAAUCCUGAAAAGCUUCUAUGGUUAUGUUGUACUGUGUCAUUCCCUCGUAAUUAGGAAUGCAGCUGUAACCAUUUAAGGGUAAUUUGAUGAAAUCAUAUUUUAACUUUGCAGGCAUCUUCUUGUUCCCAAACUGAUCUCUUCAGAGUAUCUUGAGGCUUUAGAUGCUCACUUGUAAUGAAUAAAUUAUUUAAUCUUUUAAAUACAAAGAGACAAAUCAGAAUAGUUCUUCAAGCCUGUGAAUGUAGAUCUUAAGUUUGUCUACAAAUAGAGGUUGGAUGUUAUAGAAUCUUUUUAAACAUUUAACUUCUUAAGAGCUACACUUAUAGAACUGCUCAUAGCUUAGCUUGUGUUAACAAUUAUAAAUUAAAAGCUAAGCUUGUAAUUUAUAAUUUUUAAAACAACCAGCUAAGCUAUGAGUGGGAUACUGAUUUAACCAAUGUUAGGCAUUCUAUAUCCUUGAAAGAACCCUAGAUUACCCUGUACUCAAUGCAAUUUUUACACAAUUUUCUAUCAUCAGGGUUUCCAAGUAGAUUGGAGUAUUUUUUUCUGAAGGGGGAGGGAGAAACUUUUUAUUUUCGACAUUUUUCAGUAUUAAUGAACCUGAAUUCAAAAUUUUUUAUAUGGUCAACCUAUUUCCAUGCUUAUUUCAUAUGGAAAUGAAUCAAACUUGAUUUGGUGACCUAUAAGUUUUUUUUUCUGUUCAGGUCUUAACAUAAUUUUGUUAAAUUUUUUUGAUGACGUUCCUUGCAAGUUGCUUGGAAAAAAGUCUCCUUUGAGUCCCAUCUUUCUUCUAACAAAAUAUUUUGAUCAUAAAUGGAAAAGUAGAUUGUUUGCCAGCACCACUUUUUUGAAGAAAAAGAGGGAGUUUUUUUCAAUAAUUUCUCAUCUAUUGACUUACAAAUGUAUCUGAAUGUGUAUUUCUGCAUUUUUUGUAUUACUUGAAUGAAAUUCAAUUCAAGAAUUUUGUACAUACAAUGUAUGAAUUCUGCUACAUGCAGAUCUGUUUAGUGUUUGGGUUUAGUUUAAAAUUAAAAAGCCAUAUUCUAAAAAAUUGAUUUAAAAAAUUUUAAGGUUAAUAAGCCUUUGUUAAUGUAAUUAGUGAAAUGGCAACAAGUUUAUGUCAAAUUUUGUAAAUGAAACUUUGCUUAAAUCAUCAGUUAGAAAGAUUAUUAGAGAUAUAAAAGGGUAUAAACAAUAAAGAGAUGUACUUCCUUCCAGCGACAGUUUAUUAUGUAUUGUAAAGGAUUUAUUAUGUAGGAAAAAGAUUUUGCUUUAUUAAGAAUCAACAAUGACAUUUGUAUUUCAAGAGUCCAGAAAGAAGUCAACUGUAGAACUAUCAGAAUUCAGUGUGAUGUUUAUGCUGCCCAAAAUCUUGAAGUUUUAAUGGUUUCUGAGGGAAAUACUUUUUUUUAACAGCCAACCCCUCCUUAGUGCAGAGUGAUGUCUCUCUAGAUUCAAGAAUGGAAUUGUAUCAUCGGGUUGGUUAAAAAGCAGAUUCUUAGUUUCUUGUUGAGCUAUAACAGGCCAAAGAGGGUUUUUUUUCCUCCAAAGCUUCCUAGACAUUUUAGAAAAAAAUCGAAAGAUGUACGAAAUGAGGAAAUUACCCCCAGACAUGUAGUAUAUAACAUGUAACCAAAUUAUAACUCCUAAUUUCAUGAGUAAUUCUCUAUAAUAAUGAUGAACUGUCUGUUUCAUUUUGUUGUAAUAUUCUCGGACAAGUGUCGGUAUAUAAAGGUUAUCAUUUAACUGCAUUCCAGUAUCGUACCCCUUUAAUCCCCAAUGGACGUUGUUAGGCAUACUUCCUAAUCCACCGUCCUGUAGUCCAUUGUCCGCACUAUUGCAGGUAAAUUAAUCAAUCAUGUGACAAAAGUACUUCAGAGGGUCAGCAUUAGAUUCCAUCCACCAAAACCACCUUGGUCGAGAGGGACUGAGAUGGAAUGAUGGACAACUCAUGACUUGUUAUACUAAAUGAAAAUUACGAAGCUACGACAACAUGCCGACUUAUCCCGAUGACCUAAGUGUAUCAUUUGUUUGGGAAAUUGCGUCAAAACUUUUUACUCAAGAAAUGGUAAGUAUUAAUUUAUUGUUCGAUUGUAGUAUUAUAAAACAUUUUACGCAAUUUUAUGCAGAUAUUUCACGUAUUUAAAAGGUGCCCAGAUGUUACGUAGUUUUGGUGGAUGUCAUUAGAGAACAUCCACCAAAACUUUGACCAAAACCAUUAACAAUAUAUUUUAAUAAAUUUAAUUUUAUCUAUAGCCACUGUUAGAUAUUCAGGGAGACAAAACAUUUAUACCACUAAUUAGCAGUUAGUGCUCUGGCUAAUUAUUUUUUAUGGUGCACAAUUGCUGACCGACCAAACGUUCAUAAUGAUUAUCAUAACUCUUAACACAUAGAAUAAAGUGGUUUUGGUGGAUGUUUCUCUCCAUCCACCAAAACCACCAUAGCAAUUUCUGCUACUUCCUUACAGAAGACUGAUGUGACCUGCUAUUUGGAGUACAUAACCACAAUCUAUUUCUGUGUAUGUAGAGAUAUUUUGCAAAGUUCUUGAGUCAGCACCUUUUAUUAUUGAAACCAUAAUCAUAACAUGGUGCACGAUAUAGAAUACAAAAAGGUUCUGGUGUGGUAAUCAUGUAAUCUUGAAACGGGAGAGUUUUAACUGACUUAAACUGAUUUAAACAGACAUUUGCAACAAAAAUUCCAGGUCCAGAAAUUUCUUCCACUAUUUCCGCUAAAAUCAUAACCUUUAAGUACAACAAAUCAGCACAUUAGUAAUUGUUAUCAGGGUCUGAAAAAAAUCCUACAAAUCUUUCACAUUUAUUUCAAGUAACCUUUAAUUUCACAUGGAUGAAUAAGUAUAUGCUCAAGAUGCAGAAUGUCUUACAUUUUACAAACUAUUUCCCUUUUUAUGGAUAGACAGUGAAAGGCCUUUGCCACAUUGGUGAAUCAAACCAUUGUAUACCAUGCAUUUUGUGAUAAUUGUUUGUUUUUGCUCACAAUAUCCAGAAAAAUGGAGGGGAUAAAUUUAAAUAGCAAAUUUUAUUAAUGGUUAAAAUUAAAUAACAUUGGAAGAUCAAAUUAACUUUGUACUGUUUAAAAUUCAGUUUUGGUUUCUUGCUUAUUCCAGCCUCUUAAUAUUCAAAAGCAUUCCUUGUCAUUUUUGUGUUCUUCUGUGUACAUAACGUGAAAAAUAAACACAGAGAAAGGAAACCACAAAGGAUUAAACUUGAAGCUAAAGCAAAGUUUAAGUUGAGCCAUAGCUGAUCCAAAUACUUAGCACUUUGUAUUGUAACCCAUUUAGCAGUAAAGUUUAUCUAUAUGUCUGCCAGCUUGUCACAAGUCUUACUCCUCUCCUUUAAAAGUCUCUAUAAAUAAAUUUUUCUUUGUGGUCCCUAAUUGAUGAUAAGUAUAUUACAGCUCCUCAAUUUUCCUCUCUCAAGACAAGGUUACUCUAAAUUUAACAAAGUAAUGGACUUGAUAAAACUCAAAUUAUAACUCAGCUGGCUGCUACUUGCAACCUUAAUUUCUAGAUAUCAGUAUACAAUAAUCAAUAUGUUAUAAAUAAGAACCCUAAUGCUUAAUUUUGCAGUGAUCACCUUCCUCCUUUUCAUUUGCAGACCAGACUGGAACCUCUAUAGGUGUGUUUGCUUGUUUCGAGUGGGGAUGGAAGAAAAGGAGUCAUGCCGCAUAUCUGAUUUAUUAAAUCGCAUUUGUUCUGUUUAUACAUGAGUAGAACUACCUUGUUCUCUGAAAAAAAUAAAAUUUCUCGCACUUUUAUCUGUGCUUUGCAGUCAAACUUCCUUGUGUCUUGGACAAGAAAUCUUAUUUUCUUGAAAACAAAAUCUUUGUUUCCAGCCUUCUGUAAUAGGUAAAUAUAACAGUGUAAGAUGAGUGACAGUGUAUUUCUCAAGUUAUUUUUUGGAAUGUGACAAAACGGAAGUGUCAUAGCGUGAUAAGGAGCAAACAUAUGAUUGCUUGAUAGAAAGCAAAAAAUGCAGAAUUGCAUAUAUUUUCUACUUUGUCAGCAGCAUAUGUUAGUGAAAAGUUCUUAUAAUUGUUAACUUCUAAACCAUCUUCAAUAAUUUAGCCAAGAUUGAACUGUUAUCACGUUUGUCAUAAAAGUAUUCUGAGAUCAAUGUCAUAUGACCAAUUCAAGUAUUUGACCUUUCGAAUUAGCAAGCCAUAGUUGACAGAAACACAAAGGUUGAGGAUAAAAAGAAAUUAUUAUAUACAGUACUUCUUCUGCAUCUUUUCGUUUCCUUUUCUCUCCAGCUGUUAUAUCUAUGCCGUGCUGGCAAUUGAACACUUUCCUUCCCAAAAUUAGGAAAGGCACACCAGUAAAAAACGAAUUUUUGCUCCUUAAAUAUCUCAUGCAUCUUCCCCCAGUAUUUUGUGACUUCUGUCCGAGGAAGGAGGUGUAAGCAUUAAAUUAACCCGAAUGAUUCCACAAUUGUGGUAUCAUCCAAGCCAUGCUAGAGGGCUUGAGCUAGAUAAACUAGUGAGAAUGCACAAAAGCGAUAGCAAAGCUUUGUAAUGCUAAAGAGCUAUAUCAAUAUAUAUAUGUGUUCCCGAAACCUUUGACAGCUUUAAAGAAAGAAAACUUCGUCGUCAAUCCUGUUUCAAAUUCCGCAAUAAGUUUAUGCGCCUCAUCAACAGAAUUUACGUAUCCUAAAUUAUCUGCAUGUCUACCAUCAAUGUUUCGCGACUUAAAAUUCUCGCUAUGCUGUUUCUGUUUGUUCCUCAAGAAUCAUGGGAUUUACAGCUUCGGAUGUUCGGCUAAAUCACUUGCGGAUUUCCGAGAAUCUUCGGUUAUGUUUUGCAAGUCAUUAAAUAUUCCAUCUCAGUCCCUCUCGACCGAGGUGGUUUUGGUGGAUGGAAUCUAAUGCUGACCACUUCAGAGCUACCCACACCCAAUGCCAUACAUUUUCCCCUCCAGUCAAUGCGGAAAGUUUCUCUCUGACUGAGUUGACUACUUCACGAGGGAGCGUUUGCGUCAAUCAUGUGCUGAGUUUAAUAUUUUUCAUCUCGUAAUCAUGUCUUCAAGUGAUUGGUUCACCGGCGAAGUUUGUGGUCAUUCCGUUUAAAGGCUUUUAACAGCAGAAACCAGUGGCAGCAAUCAAGUUUUACAAGCGAGUCAAUGAUUAAAGGUAUUCGAUUGAGGAAGUGCGAUUUUUAUAUGUUUCAGGACCUGUUCGUUGCCACUUUCAGAUAUAAACAUCCCCUAAUGUUAUCUUCAAAUGUGUAGAUUGUCCUUGAGCCAUUUAUCGCGAGGAAACAUGCAAUUUGAAAUCUAAGAUUCCAGCGUUCGUGGCUGAGUUUGCCACGUUUGCGUUGCUGGAAACUUGCGGAAAGCUCUUCUUCGCCAACUCAAGGUUACUUCUUCUGAAGUCCAUUCAAUUAGGGAUGUAUCUAAUUUCGUUAAACUUUCCAAAUUGAAAAUAUCGUCGACAAAUAUCGUCGACAACUUCGUCUUUUGACAUGGAUAACAGUGAUGGUAAAGCAAGCUUAAAACGGCAGAAAUCACCGGAAACUACGACGGAUACACAGGGCAUGAGUAAGUUUUAUUGAUUUUACGCGUAAAAUAUUCAUAUUUCGAAAUAUUUAUCGUUGUAAAUCGACCAUAUUUCGUUCCCCAUACUAUUCCUUGUGACGUGUUCAAAUUUUCAACGGUUCCUCUCGUAACUUAACACCGAGUCACACAACGCGUGACUCAUUCAUGAAUUAAUCGAGACGUGAGCUUGGGCCGCCUGUGGUUUCACAAAUGUGAAGUGUUAUAGGCGAGAUGGUACUUAAAAACGUGAUACCAUGGAUUGUGUACGUUUUCUGUCAACUUGUCCGAAUAACUGACGGAUUAGCCGUCGUAUGUGAAACACUUUAACUCUAGGAAUGUGGAAUUUCGUUCAAUUGAAAUGCUUAGUACAUUACGGAAUCGUGCCUGUUUAAAAACGGGAAAAUGCAAAUUAGCUAUUUUAGGCUAUAUUGUUUUCAAAUUGGUCAGAUGUAAAAUUAAAUUACCUUUAAAAUGUCGGGUUUUUAAUUUGUGUUAAGACUAAAAUGCAGCAGAUUAACAAGGUUCUACUAUCAAUUUCACCAUGAAAGCAAAAUAACAUGAUUGCUUGCGAUUUCAUCACUUUCAAACAAUAGUGAUUGCUCCAAUUGUAUUAAUUGUACUAAAUGGACGCAAUGCGAAAUUUUAUAACUCCCAUUUGGGAAUAGUCUGUCAAUUCAGAUCUUAAAAGACCAAAUCUUCACCCCUGAAUCACACAUUAAGGUCAUGAGUUUUAGAAUGCUAUUAUGCCAUUGGGUUGGUUGGUAUAAAGUAGAUUCCCAGUUUCUUGUUGAGCCAAAACAGGCCAAAAAGGGUUUUUUUUCUCUCCUGGAGAGCUGGGGAAUUUGAAUCUUGUCUGGGUGGGUUGAGGAAUUUGAACUAGAACCAUUAAAUCUUUCCAGCAAAAUAGACAUGUUUUUUUAAUUAAUAUGGAAGUGUUCAACAAUAUGAAGUUUUCAAAUGCUCGGGGGUCGUCAGGAGGGUGGAAGGGAUGUUGAAACUUCAAAUUGAUCGAUGCAUUGCUGACUUUGCUGCAGUUCAAAAUGAUGGACAAGCAUGAGAUAGAUAGAUAGAUAGAUAGAUAGAUAGAUGACCUUUAUUUAUAAAUGAUAAUAUUUUAAGCUACAAUCUUGUGGGGUUGUGUGAAGAGAAAAGGAAAAUUACAUGUUACAGGAAGAUAAUUUGAAUUUGAAAAUAGAAAAUGAUAUAUAUCAUAACUUCUAAGUAUAAAGAAAAAUUAGUAUGCAUAAGGUGAACAUAAGAAGCAGAAAGUGUUUUUUCAGAUUAUUGAGACUUGAAUGUCCAACUUCUUAUUCACAGUAGCAAACAGUGUUCCUUACCACAGCACUGCAAUAUUUAGGCAAGUCUUUCAUGUAUCUUGUUUGGAACCAGAGUACUAUUAGAAAGGUCAUGUCCCCUCAGAGAGUAAUCAUUUGAAUAACAGUUAAGGGCAUCACAGCUUUUGUGAGAAACAGGCCAAGGAAUAUUCAGUUUGUUUUUCUGUCAUAAAUGUGGAAGAGAAUUGGAUAAUAAGGAAUAAUGACACACUAAAGAGAGGUAGAUAAUUCAGCAGAUGAGAAAUUUGCCAUAGAGCAUUGCUUCAAAAGAGGAUUUUGACCAUCAUCUGUGUUUUGGUAAAAUAUCAUGGCAUUUAAUUCUAUCAAAGUGAAUACUUUGAAAAGAAGGCUCAGUCAGUGUUGUUUCAUGAACAAAUUUCCUAACCAAACACUUUUAAAGAAUAACAGUACAACUCGGCAUAUUACUUUUUCUUCAUUAUUUAUGCAGACCAUUUACAGUGUAAUAUGGCUCAAAGUUUAAAAAAAUUGGCUGUUGUAUAUUAAAGAAUAGAAGAAAGACAAAACCUCAAUAAUUCAUGUUAUCAAAAAUUUGAGAAAGAAGGUAGUGAUUUAAAUUCUGCUCUCCCUUUAGUUGAAUUUUUCAAAGUAAAGCAAGGUCAGAAUGUUCCUGAACGUGACUUAAGUAGUCUUGAAACCUUACUGAUAGAUUUAUUUCAUUGUAAAGUGUAAGCGUAGGAAACUGCAGCAAGUGACCAAUUUGAUUCUCAGAAUUAUUUGAGUUUCAGUUGCGCCGAGCGUUACGUGAGCUUAAUUCACGCUGUUAUAUCUAUUCUUUGGUAAGAUUCUGAUCACGUAACGAAUAUCGCAAUUUGUACCCACCACAAACUUUAAAAAUCCUAGCAUUAUAAAUGGCCACUCGAUCGUUGUUUGAACCAGUCAAUAUGUCAACUGUUAAUUGUCCCUUCUUUUAAUUCCACAGCGCCAACGACUUUCUUUUCAUUUACAACACUCACACUGUUCUCGUUUUCCCAUUGAACCACAAUAAAACUCAUCUUUAGAAGUGUUAUAUUAAGCAAAACAGUUGAGAAAAGAAACAACUUGAAGCAAGAGCAGUUAACCGAUGAAAAGUACAUUCAAAGAUGAGUGCCAGUUUUCUUUCUUUCCGAUCACAGGCAUGAUCAUGUGGAUCUUUUAGCAAAGAGAAUCUGCUGACUUGACCGAUUGCAGUCUCAAGAGAAGCGCGCAAAAUUAUUCUAUCUUUUCUGACCAGUUCUCUUCUCUUGGAUGGUGGAUACCUUGGAUCCAUGUUUUGAUGAUGAUAUAAAUAAUUAUGUGAAUUCACUCUAUGUAGAAAUAAUCGACAAGAAUCGAACAAGAAUGCACGAUUUGUGGCCAAAAGUUUUCGAGGAAAGAAAGACUCAAAACCCACUUGAGUUAUGUUCACAGCAAAGGUGAGAAACAACACAAGCCAAUCACAUUAGGAAGUAUGAGAGAUACCAAGAUGAUCCCCAUGUACCAGUACCCAAAUCAACAAGGCUUGACCUUAACAAGCGUUCAGCAACACGUUCCAGCACAGCUAGCCAUCUCGAUUCCUCGGUUGGUCUUUCCACUUUCCCAUGGUAUGGGAAUUAACAACUUUCAAUCUAACAUGGUGUGACAAAACAAAAUCUGUGGUUAUUCAAUAGCUUAUGGUUGCGAUGUGUUUCCAAAAUUGGAGAUUUCAUCAAAAUUCUCAGAAUAAAAGGCUAAAAAAAUGUAUUUGUGUUUUCAUUUCUUGGAAAGUGUAAGUAGGCAGCUACUGUAGAGCUCUUUCCUGAGUUCAAUCCAUGAUAAGAUAGCACUUUUUUUUUCAUUAUCACAUUGUUACUUACUAGGAAAUGGAUGUCUCAGAAAUGUCAUCUAAAGGAAAUACCCCAUGAACAGCAAACACAGUUAGACCAUACAGGAUCUUAUCUCUAUUUGCUGCAAGAUUUGUCCUUGGAAACAAAACUUCUAAUUUUGAGAACAGGCUGUUUUCCAAUUGUCACAUUUUACAAGUAGGAAAUUUAAACAAUGAUCUUAAAUAUAUGAGAAAGUGACCCUUGCGAACUGAAUUCCCAGUUUUCUGGGAAUUCCUAGGAAUUCUCAAAAAUUCCCAAUUAUGCAAAUGACCCUUGCAAACUGAAUUCCCAGUUUUCUGGGAAUUUCUGGGAAUUCCUAGGAAUUCCUAGGAAUUCCUAGGAAUUCUCAAAAAUUCCCAUCUAUGCAAAUUAACUCUGAUUUAAAAAGCUUGGAAUUACUGGGAAUUUCUGGGAAUUAGGAAGACUCCAGUUUUGUGAGGACUUGGAAUCCCUAGGAAUUCCUAAGAAUUCUCAGCUUUACAAACUACUUAUAAUUUAAGAAGUGUGGAACUCUUGGGAAUUGCUGGGAAUUGAAUUUGAGGCAAUUUUAAUACCCUGAGGUCCACAUAAAUUCUAAGAAAUUCUCAAUACCUUGAAUGUGAAGGUUUUAAGAAAAAGAGUAAUUUCAGAGGCUUAAAACUUUGGCUCAAUAAAAGGUAUGCUAUACAAAACAUACCAAGAGAUAUACAUACAUGUACAUGUUUAUAACUUAAAGAUCAUGAAAUUUAUUACUCAAACUAAGUUUUAGUAAAUCUUUACAUUAAUAUGGAUUUUCUCAUGAACCAGCUGUCAGUUAUGUUAAAUGGAAAUUGCCAACUUCCACAAUAAUUAACAAUAAUUACAUUGUUAUCUUACUUCCCUAACCUACAUUACUGGUUGCCUUUGUUAGAAAACCUUGGAACAGUCAUGCUCAGUUGCCUCAAACGCUGUCAGAGACUUUUUGUUGACAAUACUUUUAGUAGAAAUUUCAUGCCUUAGACAAACAAAUUCAACACCUAAUUAAUCUUUCUUUUUUCAUGAUUGUUGUUGCUGCUUUUUUUCAGUUUUUUGCUCUAUUUUCAUGACUAAUUGCUGUAAUUUGUUUUGCUGUUUUUAUUCUUACAAAACAUUUUUGUAAGAGUUCCAAUACUUGUGGAUCAUCCACACACUUUCCAAACAUUUGGCAUGCAGACAAGACAGAGGUAGUCAAUGUACCCUUUGAGGAAAAAACACCUUUUUAUAUAUGACGUCUUCAAUUUACUUUAUUUGAAACUCUGAUCUGAAAAUAUUUGUCAACAAGACUUGUUAGUAGUGAGAAGUACCAACCAAGUUUCCUUUCAUAACUUAAUUUCUUAAAUGUCCCAAUCACUGGAUCUCCCAAAAAAAUAUUACAUCUUUUUAUUUUUGGUGCAAAUUACAAGUCCUUCUUUAUAUAAAAAUGAAAAGUGCUAGUCACACUUCAGUAAUAACAGCUCUUAAGUUUACUUGUUGUUCUUCUCUGUCUGUCAGCUAUCAACAAAAUUGUUUUAUACUUCGGGCAGUGCAUAACUAUUUGUGGACCAGAGUUCCAACGCACCUCUGUAAUCGCAUAUAGCUACUCCUGUCUCUUGUACAAAUGUUUCUCCUUUGUAAGACGCACUCUACUCUGUUGUCAAUACUGCUUUAAGUUCAGUGGAAACGACUGACUGAGGAAUCGAGAUGGCGGCGUUGGAACGUGUUGCUGAACGCUUGCUACGGUCAAGCUUUGUAGAUUUAGGUACUGGUACACUGGGAUCAUCUAUGUAUCUCUUACACUUCCGAAUGUGGUAUCCUUCUUUUAUAAAUAUGAUGGUAAAAGACGAUUUGUAGUCGCAUUCAAAACUGUGAUUGGCUUGUGUUAUUUCUCACCUUUGCCAUUAACACAACUCAAGUGAGUUUCGAGUCUUUGUUUCCUCGACAACUUUCGGCCACAAAUCGUGCAUUUGUAAUACGAUCGAUUCUUGUCGAUUAUUUCUACAUAGAGUGAGCUCACAUCUUUAUUUAUAUCACCAAGCUAUCCAUCUUCUAGAAGCAGAGAACCGGUCGGAGAAGUCAAAAUAAAGUUGGGCGCUUCUCUUAACACUGCAAUCGGCAAGCCAGCGGAUUCACUUUGCUAGCCAAUGACAAGUCCUAAAAGAUCCACGUGAUCAUGCCGGUGAUCGGAAACAAAGAAGACUCCAUUUGGCGCUCAUCUUUGAAUGUACUUUUCAUCGGUUGAUCGCUUUUCUCAACUGUUUUGCUUAAUAGAACAUUUCUAAAGAUAGCUUUUAUUCUGGUUCAAUGGGAAAACGAGAAUAGCGUGAGUGUUGUAAAAGAGAAGAAAGUCGUUGGCGCCGUGGAGUUAAAGUAGGGACAACAGUUGACAUAUGGACCGGUACAAACAAGGGUCGAGUGGCCAUCUGUAAAGCUACGAUUUUGAAAGUUUGUGGUGAGUAAAAAUUGCGAUAUUCGUUGUGAUCAAAAUCUUAUAAAAGAAUAGAUGUAGCGGGUUGAAUUAAGCUUACAUAACGCUCCGCGCAACUGAAACUAGAAUAAUUCUGAGAAUCGAAUCAGUCACUUGCAUGCCGCAGUUUCUUAAGCUUAUGCUUUACAAUGAAAUAAACCUAUCAGUAAGGUUUCAAGAUUCCUCUAGUCACGUUUGGGAACAUUCAAGAUUCAUAACAAACCUUAGUACAUAAAGAAGCCCUCCUUGGUAAAAACAAAAUAAUGUAUUCAGCCCUUUUUUAGUAAAAUCCAUGAGAGAGAUGUACUAACUCCAAUAUAAAAGUCACUCAAUAUAACAGAGAUUUCUCAAUUUGAGAAUCCAAUGAAUGCCCUUUUCCUCAUAGCCAUCUUAAAAGCCUGGUCUGAGCUUUAAACAUACAUAUUUUAAUAUAUUAUUUUGUUUUCAAAUUCAGAUGUCAAGGAAUCCAGUCACAAAAUGGUCAAGGUUCUUGUUGACAACCUCAUUCAAGGCCAACUCAUUGUGAGUCCAGGAAAAAAAAUACAAACAGUACAAACAGCAGCUAAGUUUGCAGUUUAGAAUAACUUCAUUCUAAUUUAUUGUUACAGUUAUAACAAGAUUUUAAUCAAAAAAUCAAUUUUAUUUGUCUGUAAUUAGCCCCUUCACUCCCAAGAAUAUAACUAUAUAAAUAUAACUUAGGAUAUUGUAUUUUUUGGAAAAGAAUCAACAGAUUUUAUUCACAAUUUGUGUCAAACCAAAUUUAAUGAUUGAUUAGAACUAUUUUAUAUGAAUAGCUGUAAUUGAGGAUUAAUCUGUAUGAAGUUUUCAAGAAAAGAAAAAUAAAUCAAAUUCCAUCCUAAUAUUACCACACAUUGAUGUUAAUAAUUAAUCAAAAAUAUUUUACAUGUACGCCUUAAUCAAGCUUUUAAAUAAAUUUCAUUGAAUACUUGAAUUUUAGCUGGGUUUUUUUAAUUUAAAGUAUUUAUUUUAUAUCAUAAGCCUCAAAUUUUUGCUUAAAAUUCCCAGUAAUUCUUAAACAUUCCUAAAAAUUCCCAGAAAUUCCUAGGAAUUUUUUAGAUUUACAGCUUUUCAGGGAAAGUCAUUGGUUCUCUGAGUUGGAAUUCCUAGGAAUUCCUAGGAAUUCCUAGGAAUUCCAAGUCCUGUUGGCUAUAAACUUGGAAUUUCUGGGAAUUUCUGGGAAUUUCUGGGAAUUUCUGGGAAUUUCUAGGAAUUUCUAGGUUUUUAGAACCAGAGUUGUUAUGGUUGGGAAUUCCUAGGAAUUCCUAGGAAUUCCCAGUCCGAAUUUACCGUGAAAAUUCACACCUUUAUUCCUAGGAAUUCCUAGGAAUUCCAAGAGCCAUUUCGCAAGGGGAAGGCUUCCCAAAAAGGUCAAGUUAGCCUCUGGUACUGCCUUAAGUGGUCUCAACAACACUCUAAGAGGAAAUGGAAAGCUUAUUAAAUAGACACAUUGAACUCACAUUUUGUAUUGUUUUUUUUCCAGCAUAAUAUUUCAAAAUUAAAAGCUUCCUGUGAUGUCAAGGCUACAAAAGGUAGUAAGAGGAAUCUAAAUCUGUUACAAAUACCAAACUUUGAUUUUGAAAAAAAACAUUCAUCCCUUAAUUUUUUCACCUAAAUGUCUGCAAUGAAACUACAUGUACCAAUUUCAAAGUGAGUUAAAGAGGAAGACCCUUAAAGGAUAAAUUUCACUUUCCUUGUACCUGUAAUGGUUGUUAUCAGUGACAGUGAUAGUGUAGAUCUCUAAAGCAACUUUACAUUUUCCUGGUUUAAAUUUGUCUCAAUCUACAUGUAUCUGACUUUUUGGCAUAGGAUAAAACUUAUCAAAUUCAUAAGAAUUGACAUUACAUAUUAAGUGGACAUCCAUUAUUUUGAUUAAUUAUUGUUUUACAGUUUAUUGUCAAUACCUUUCUUGUUUUGUUGUUGUAGGAUUCCACCAUUCCUAGUGUAGCCUCUACAUCACAGGAAGAUCAGGAAAUUAGGACACUGAAAGUCACUUUGCUAAGUAAUGAGUGGGGAUCAUCAACUGAUGAGGACUUGUCAACUUUCAACCAAGAGCUGGCCAUCCAGUUAGCUAAACACCCCAAUGUGGAUGUUAGUAUCUUGCUUCCAAAUUGUAGUGGAGAGGACAGAAGCAGUGCUAAAAGUCACAAUGUGAAGCUCAUUGAAGCAGAUAAAGUUCCUGGUGUAGAGCCAGUUCUUUGGUUGUCAUCUCCACCUAGAAACCAUAUAAUGGACUGUAUCAUUGGUCAUGGAGUUCCCUUUGGCAGACUAAUUCCACUUAUCAAAAAAAAUCCAGAGUACAGUCAUUGCAAAUGGAUUCAAGUUGUUCACUCUGCUCCUGAAGAAGAAGGAAUACACAAAAACAUUUCAGAAGGUGAGAAAAUGCAAAAAGAAGAAAUCCAACUCUGUGAAAUGGCUGAUCAAGUUAUCACAAUUGGACCCAAGUUGGCAGAAGCUUACAAGCGUUACCUUUGUCCAUUUAAACAAGAAGAAAAAGUUUUUGACCUUACUCCAAGUGUUUUCUCCAAAUUUUUGGAAGUAGAGCAAGCCACUGAAGAAAGAAGAAAAUUCUGUAUUCUUUUAAUUGGAAGUGGUGACAGCUGUGAAGAUUUCAAUGUCAAAGGGUAUGACAUAGCUGCUCAAGCAAUUGCUGAGUUGAAAGAUAAAUCCUACAAACUCAAGUUUGUCUGGGCAGCUGUAAAAAAAGGAGAGAUUGUAUUAAAAAAGUUCCUCCACCAUGGCAUUAGUCCUGAUCAACUUACUAUUCGCAGCUUUGAUGAUAGCAGAGGAGUGCUGGCUAACUUAUUUCGUGAAGAGGAUCUUGCAAUAAUGCCAUCCAGGACAGAAGGUUUUGGAAUAACAGCUCUGAAAGCGUUAUCUGCUGGCCUGCCCAUACUUGUCAGUGGUAAUUCAGGACUUGGAGAAGCUCUGACGAAAGUUCCUUUUGGCUCACAGAGUGUGGUAGACUCUGAUGAUCCUAAAGACUGGGCCAGAGAAAUCAAGCGUGUCCGUCAGAAAGAUAGAGAAGUGCGACUUUCAGAGUCAAAUACUCUACGUAAAAAGUACAUGAAGAAGUAUAGCUGGGAGGAGCUUUGUAAGAGUCUUGUGAUAAAGAUGAAGAACCUUGUCUUCAGCCUUCAGCCCUUGCAAGGUGAGGCUCAGAACAUACCACAUUUAAAAAUUGGCCUAUGAAUUGGCUGACAUUUUGAGCUUUAGCCCUUUGUCAGAACUUUUAAAUUAAGUUUAGGUAUACUCAGUAUACCUUUGUUGUAAUACUAUCAUUUUGCAACAAAUUCUUGAAAAAUAUCCUAAGCUUUGAGAACUGUUGUUCCCUCUGCUCCCAAAUACUCAAUCCCCAAUCCACAUAUUUGUUUCUGAUUUCAUCUUAAGCCAUAUGCCAUGAUAUUGUCAGCAACCAGUCAUUUACAUGUUUAAGAAUAAAGUAAUGAUCAUUAAAUUGUUUUUCUUUUAGGUGAGAGUAAACAAGUCAUCCAUAAUCUUCAACAGUGGCAACAGGAUGCCGGUAGAUGUAAGAUCAGCAACACAGACCCACUCUCAGACUUAAAGAAGAUUGCUUCAGGAAAAGGCUAUAGAAUUUCUGACAAUCAAGGGUCAGGAAAUUGUAUGUUCUAUGCCUUGUCAGAGCAACUGGAGAUUGUCAAAGGAGUAAAGAUCAAUCAUUUGGAAUUAAGACAUUCCUUAGUUCAGUAUCUAAGAGAGUACCCAAAACUGGUGAGUAUUUGGUGUAUGUAAUGUGUAGAACAGAUACUACAAAUGAAUUGUUAUUAGAAAAUGUUGAAGACUUUGAUCAGGAAAAAAAUCAGUGUGUGUGUGAUACAUGAAGUUGAAUUUGACACGAUUAAAAAGGACAACUUGUCUUUGCAUCGUUACAAUAUCUUUCUAUCUUGUUGUAACUUAUUGCUAUGUUAUUUUGGUAACCAGUCAACUCGCCGACGGACCAACUCGCCGACGCCAACUCGCCGACGUAUAAAAUCGAGUAGAGACGUCGGCGAGUUGGUCGUCAAUCCAAUACAACUUAUUAGAAGUUAAACAUACAGAAAAGUAAACGAUAUUUAGUAAAAAAACACUGGUGAACAUUGGUGAACAUCAAACAAAAGCUUAAACAUCGGUGAACAUUAGUGAACAUGUUUUCUUAAAAAAUCUGAGCGAUUGACAUGAUGAGUCUUUACGGUGUUGUUGUCACACAAUAACUCGUUCGCGUCUGAAGCGGAUAUAGUAAUUAGUGAUGUUUACUUUACUUUAUUCGACUUGAGAUGCUUAUAAACUUUGUUGAAAAUAAAAAGAAAUGCUUUUUACUAAAGAUCUUUUCUAGAAAGCCUAGUUUUCUUAAAAAAUCUGACCGAUUGUCAUGAUGAGUCUUUACAGUGUUGUUGUCACACAAUAACUCGUUCGCGUCUGAAGCUGUUAGAGUCAUUGGUGAGGUUUACUUCGCUUUAUUCGCCUUAAGAUCCUUAUAAACUUUGUUGCAAAUAAAAAGAAAUGCUUUUUACUAAAGAUCUUGUUUAGAAAGCCAAGUUUUCGUUAAAAAAUCUGAGCGAUUGACAUAAUGAGUCUUUACGGUGUUGUUGUCACACAAUAACUCGUUCGCGUCUGAAGCUGUUAGAGUCAUUGGCGAUGUUUACUUUACUUUGUUCGCCUUGAGAUCCUUAUAAACUUCGUUGCAAAUAAAAAUAAUUGCUUUUUACUAAAGAUCUUGUCUAGAAAGCCAAGUUUUCUUUAAAAAUCUGACCGAUUGUCAUGAUGAGUCUUUACAGUGUUGUUGUCACACUAUAACUCGUUCGCGUCUGAAGCUGUUAGAGUCAUUGGUGAUGUUUACUUCGCUUUAUUCGCCUUGAGAUCCUUAUAAACUUUGUUGCAAAUAAAAAGAAAUGCUUUUUACUAAAGAUCUUGUCUAGAAAGCCAAGUUUUCGUUAAAAAAUCUGAGCGAUUGACAUGAUGAGUCUUUAUGGUGUUGUUGUCGCACAUUAUCUCGUUCGCGUCUUAAGCUGUUCUAGUCAUUGGUGAUGUUCACCAAUGUUUAAGCUUCUGUUUGAUGUUCACCAAUGUUCACCAGUGUUUUUUUUACUAAAUAUCGUUUAAUUUUCUGUAUGUUUAACUUCUAAUAAGUUGUAUUGGAUUGACGACCAACUCGCCGACGUCUCUACUCGAUUUUAAACGUCGGCGAGUUGGUCUGUCGGCGAGUUGACCGUAAUUCGUUAUUUUAGAACAGCCAUGGGAAGUAUAAUGCUGAUGAACUUGUUUAUAAUAAUUAUUAUUCAUUUAAAUUAAUCUUUUUGGCUUGUAUAAUUUUUAAGAUAAGAUAUCAUGAUGUUGUAAAAAUUACUCAAUAUAACAUACAGCGAGUACUAUUAAAGACUAUUAAGCUUAUUGCAACUAUAGAGUUGAAAUUAUCUUUGAAUACUUUUGAAGGUGAUAUUUAUAAUUAUAUAAAAUUAUUACCAUAUUGAGUUGUUACUAGACCAGUUGCUCUUUUACUAUUAAUAUUUCAUUUUAUCUUGUUGGACUCUCUCCUCAAGGUGGAUGGAACAGAUUUGUUUCAUUUUGUUGAUAGACAUACAACAUGGGUUGAUUACUUAGCAGACAUGGAACAAGAUGGCACUUGGGGUGAUCAUGUGAUUCUCUGGGCUGCAGCAAACUGUUAUCAAAUAGCCAUUCAUGUGAUUAGUAGUCUUCCAGGCCAGAGUGAGGUAAUUAUCAAACCAGCUUUUCCAUUUGACCAAAGCAAGCAUCUUGUACUGGGACAUGUCCAUGAAGUACACUAUGUCAGCCUUCAGCCCUUGCAAGGUAAGGCUCAGAACAUAACACAUUUAAAAAUUGGCCUAUCCAUAAAUUUUGCAGACAAGAUAUUUCAAAUACUAUAACUGAGUGCAUUCUACAACUGUAUUUUAGUCCUAUACAGCUACAGGCUGUACAUGUACAUGUACAUAGGAAUUGCCAUUUUAUAAAAGCUUGCAGAACUAACUGUUUCACUUUAUCUGUGAUGUGAAUAGACCGGCUUAUACUAUUUUGCGAAAUGAAACGAAACGAAACGAAAUCGGGUGAGAUAGAAUAAAACUAAAGGAAUAAUGCAGAUGGUAAGUACUAAAACAAGGAACGACCUAAAACCACCUAAAACCACCUAAAACCACCUACAACCAUCUACAACCACCUCAAAAAUUUCAACAACCACCUACAACCACCUCAAAAACAUCUACAACCACCCGCAAACUAUCUAAAACCAUCUAAAACAAGGCAUAAAUGUCUAAAAUAAGGCGAAACGACAACAUGUCACGUACACAAAAUAUGAGAAUCGAACGAAACCUCUACCUCUACCUCCCCCUGAAAUCUUACUCUCCCUGGUCCCAUGUAUAAUCAACCAUCUCACGAAAUGAAAUGCGAUAGCAUGCUAAUUAUUUUAUAUUCCCUCAGCAAAAGACUUAAAGAACUUUACAAAAUGAACUAAUAAGUUACAAAAAGUAAUAAAUAGGGAAUAAUACAUGGGCACGCGUAGAUAUGGAAUUAAUCUUCAAGUGUUUAACUCGAUAGCUCACAAGUGAGCGCAGUGAACGAGUGAGAUGUCAAGUUGAACACGAGAAGAGAAAUUCCAUAUCUACAAGCAACCAUGUAUUAUUUUGUUUAUCAUAUAAACACAAUAGCCCUUUUCUGGGAAGAAAAUCCGACCUCAUUAAUGAAUGCAAAUAAAUGAAUUGACAAUCCUCGAAUAACAAUCGUAGAGUGCGUUGGCGCUGACUCUUAAGAUGGAAAAUGCUUUGAAUCAUGAUUACAAAAACUUCCAUAUAUACGUGCGCCUAUGUAUGAUUCCCAAUGUAUUAUUUUUUGUAACAUGUUAGUUCAUUUUGAAAAGUUCUUUAAGUCUUUUGCUGAGGGAAUAUAAAAUAAUUAGCAUGCUAUGGCAUUUCAUUUCGUGAGAUGGUUGAUUAUACAUGGGACCAGGGAGAGUAAGAUUUCAGGGGGAGGUAGAGGUUUCGUUCGAUUCUCGUAUUUCGUGUACGUGACAUGUCGUUUCGCCUUAUUUUAGACAUUUAUGCCUUGUUUUAGAUGGUUUUAGAUAGUUUGCGAGUGGUUGUAGAUGUUUUUGAGGUGGUUGUAGGUGGUUGUUGAAAUUUUUGAGGUGGUUGUAGAUGGUUGUAGAUGGUUGUAGGUGGUUUUAGGUGGUUUUAGGUCGUUCCUUGUUUUAGUACUUACCUAAUGCAGAUAUAUUUUCUAACAAGGUAAAGAAAACUUUCACAAGGAAUUUGGAGUAAUCGUUCAUUAACAACAAGGAUUUUUAUCCAUUUCGCUAAAUAGUAAUUUUAGGAGAGUUACUAUUUUGCGAAAUGGACUAUUUUCACCCUUUCAGUCCAUAUCGCAAAAUAGCAACUCUCCUAAAAUUACUAUUUUGCGAAAUAUAUUUUAAUACGGUUUAAGAUAUAAGAGGAGGCCAAAACCUUCGGUGAUAUACUAAUUUGUAAUGUUUAAAUGUAUUUUUGUGACAUGAAAGAGGUCACGUUGUCACCGCAGGGUGAAAAUAGUCCAUUUUGCAAAAUAGUAACUCUCCUAAAAUAACUAUUUUGUGAAAUACAUUUUAAUACAGUUUAAGAAAUAAGAGGAGGCCAAAACCUUCGGUGAUAUACUAAUUUGUAAUGUUUAAAUGUAUUUUCGUGACAUGAAAGAGGUCACGUUGUCACCGCAGGGUGAAAAUAGUCCAUUUCGCAAAAUAGUAACUCUCCUAAAAUGACUAUUUUGUGAAAUACAUUUUAAUACGGUUUAAGAAAUAAGAGGAGGCCAAAAUCUUCGUUGAUAUACUAAUUUGUAAUGUUUAAAUGUAUUUUCGUGACAUGAAAGAGGUCACAUUGUCACCGCAGGGUGAAAAUAGUCCAUUUCGCAAAAUAGUAACUCUCCUAAAAUUACUAUUUUGCAAAAUAUAUUUUAAUACGGUUUAGGAAAUAAGAGGAGGCCAAAAUCUUCGUUGAUAUACUAAUUUGUAAUCUUUAAAUGUAUUUUUAUGACAUGGAAGAGGUCAUGUUAGUCACCGCAGGGGGAAAAUAGUUUAUUUUGCAAAAUAGUAACGCUCCUAAAAUUACUAUUUUGCGAAAUAAAUAAAAAUCCUUCUUGUUAAUGAACAAUUACUCCAAAUUCCUUGUGAAAGUUUUCUUUACCCUGCUAGAAAAUAUAUCUGCAUUAUUCCUUUAGUUUUGUUCUAUCUCACCUGAUUUCGUUUCGCUUCUUUUCGUUUUGUUUCGCAAAAUAGUAUAAGCCGAAUAGACCUCUGUCCUUGUACAUGUCCUGUAUGUUUUGUUUACCCAUUUCAGGUCUUGUGAUGUUUACCCCAGAGAACUUUUUCUUUAUAUUCUCUGGUCCCGUUUUAUGAGUAUGAAUUACUUUUUUGCAGUAAUUGCAUUUAUGAUUUGUAACAACUUUUUUCUUCAAACAAAGAGUUAUUUCAAGUAAGAGAAGGAAACUAUAGAAUCUGAUUUGAAAAGUUAUUACAUGAGGAUCUUACUUGAUUUUACCAAUAAAAAAUUUCAAAUUUAUCAAAUCUAUGGGAACUUCUUUUACAUAUUAAGAAGUUCAGUAUAUUCCAAUGAUAUAUGUGAUUCCUUCACUGCUGCUACUACAAUCAUGAUCUACUUGCCAAUGCAUACUGUUGGCAGUUGUUGCUAAUGAUUACUAUGGCACAAUAUCUUCGUAAUUACUAUUACAUCUAGUUUGUUCAGAAAAUAAGGUAACUAUACCAGGGACGGAUAAGAGACCAGCAUCUGUCAGUGCGGAUCAGUCUCGCAAGCGACACAGGAAAGAGUUGGCUAUUCAUGACUACUGUGAAGGUAAAUUGUGAGGGCAUGAGGUGAAAAAUGCAAUCCAAAAUCCUUCUUUCAUCUCUAGCUCAUGAAAACAAAAGCAUCAAUACAGGUUGGUGCUUAUCAGGCAUUUUUGGAGACAAACGCCUUGUUACCCCCUCUGUGUAGAUGCAUCUUUCUGUUCAGUUAAAUGGGACAUCAAGUUUACCAAUCAAUUGACAUAACCAGUUUUGACCACCAGACUAUUUUCAAACAAAGAGUUAUUUCAAGUAAGAGAAGGAAACUAUAGAAUCUGAUUUGAAAAAUUAUAACAUUGGGAUCUUACUUGAUUUAACCAAUAACAAAUUUCAAAUUUAUCAAGUCUAUGGGAACUUCUUUUACAUAUUAAGAAAUUCAGUAUAUUCCAAUGAUAUAUGUGAUUCCUUCACUGCUGCUACUACAAUCAUGAUCUACUUGCCAAUGCAUGCUGUUGGCAAUUGUUGUUAAUGAUUACUAUUUUGGUGCAUCUAGGUUGUUCAGAAAAUAAGGUAACUAUACCAAGGAAGGAUAAGAGACUAGCAUCUGUCAGUGCAGAUCAGUCUUGCAAGCGACUCAGGAAAGAGUUGGCUAUUCAUGACUACUGUGAAGGUAAAUUGUGAGGGCAUGAGGUGAAAAAUGCAAUCCAAAAUCCUUCUAGCUCAUGAAAACAGAAGUGUCAAUACAGGUUGGUGCUUAUCAGGCAUUUUUGGAGACAAACGCCUUGUUACCCCCUCUGUGUAGAUGCAUCUUUCUGUUCAGUUAAAUGGGACAUCAAGUUUAUCGAAUUACGGUCAAGUUGCCGACAGUUCAACUUGCUAACAGCAACUUACUGACGUAUAAAAUCGAGUAGAGACAUCAGCAAGUUGGUCUUCAAUCCAGUACAACUUAUUAGAAGUUAAAGAUAUAGAAAAAUAAAAAUAAAAGAUCUUUAGCAAAAAAAAACGUUUUUUUUCUUCCAACAAAGUUUAUAAGGAUCUCAUGGCGAAUAAAGCAAGGCAAACAUCGCCAAUGACUAUAAAAGCUUCAGACGCGAACGAGUUAUUGUGUGACUACAAUACUGUAAAGACUCAUCAUGUCAAUUGGUCAGAUUUUUUUUAAGAAAACUUGGCCUUCUAGACAAGAUCUUUAGUAAAAAAAAGUUCUUUUUAUUUCCAACAAAGUUUAUGAGGAUCUCAAGGCGAAUAAAGCGAGGCAAACCUCACCAAUGACCAAAAAAGCUUUGGACGCGAACGAGAUAAUGUGUGACAACAACACCGUAAAGACUCCUCGUGUCAAUCGGUCAGAUUUUUUAAAAAUACUUAGCUUUCUAGAUAAGAUCUUUAAUAAAAACAAUUUUUUUUCCCAACAAAGUUUAUAAGGAUCUCAAGGCGAAUAAAGCAAGGUGAACAUCGCCAAUGACCAAGAAAAGCUUUAGAUGCGAAUGAGUUAUUGUGUGACAACCAUAGCGACCACGCGGAUCCACAUGAUUUCUUAACUUUAAGGACUGAUUUAUUCAUCAUCGAGAACGUUUGAUUUACGAAAAAAAUUUGAUACAUUAUAAAGAUCAAGUGAACAUGUGAAAGCUAGGUUUAUCAUGCAGUCAUUUUGCUCUUGAUGGUCUGUUUAAUCUCAACAUCGAUUUCAAUAAUUGGGCUGCUUUUUUUUUUUCACCAUUCUCAUAUUUCUCCCCAAAAUCCAGACAACUUACUUUGCAAUUGCCUAUCAGCCCUUCUUUGGGUUCUGGUCAGCUUCUGGUUAGAUACUUAUCGUAUUUUUAUGGCCGUUCACCAGCAUUGCCCGGUAUUAAGAUGGACCAAACAUAAACGCCUUCAAAUGUGAGCUACCGAAGCACGAAUCCAGAAUGAUGCUGGUUAUGACACAAUUAUUGUGUGACAACAACACUGUGAAGACUCAUCAUGUCAAUUGGUCAGAUUUUUUUAAAGAAAACUUGGCUUUCUAGUCAAGAUCUUUAGUGAAAAACAAUUCUUUUCAUUUCCAACAAAGUUUAUAAGUAUCUCAAGGUGAAUAAAGAAAGAUAAACAUCGCCAAUGACCAAAAAAGCUUUAGACAUGAAUGAUUUAUAACUAGUUCAUUGUUCGUUAUAGUAAUUGGCAAUGUUUACCUUGCUUAAUGCACCAUGAGAUCCUUAUAAACUUUGUAAGAAGAAAAAAAAAAGUUUUUUACUUAAGAUCUUUUACUUUUCUAUCUGUUUAACUACUAAUAAGUUGUACUGGAUUGAAGACAAACUCGCCGACGUCCUUACUCGAUUUACAUGUCGGCGAGUUGGUGUUGGCGAGUUGAACCGUUGGCAGCUUGACUGGAUACCAGUUUACCAAUCAAUUGACAUAACCAGUUUUGACCACCAGACUAUUUUUGUUGAAAAAUUAUUGUAGACAGUUGUACAAUGGUAAACAAAUUGCUUGAUUUCUAAGUUGCAUUACCUUAAUGCAAAAUUAGAGUUAACUCCUCUCAACCUUCACAAUAACAAUUUGAAUAAUGUAAUAAAACUCAGAUUCAUAAGGAAACAUUUUAAAAACGUUUCAGCAUGACUCAAGCCAUCAUUAGUUUAAUUGUUAAACAUUUGACUUUGUUGUGACAGGUUGCAUGCAAAUAUGUAACAAGUUUCAAACAAAUACAAUAUUUGAAAUUAGUACUGUUACAAUAGUUAAAUUAGGCAAUAGCUACUGCACACAAAUGUAGUACCUGGAAAGAAAGCUAAACAAACAAAAAAGAAUAAUUAUGUUGCAACUGAAUAUUAAGUCUGGUUGCAAGCAAAUAUAAAAUGUUUAAAUUUUUGACAAUAAAUUGUUUUGGCUGAGUCUAGUAUCUGAAAGCACUCAGUGGAACAUUUUUGCUUACAACUUGGAAAAGAACAUAUGUUUGCCUCCACAAGAAUGCAUACACUGCAUGCCUUCUAAAAAAUUUCUUUUAUAGUUUUAUCCGUUUCAAGUAUAAAAAAGGUCUCAUUUAUACAUUGGUAGAUAGAAUUUUCAAGAUAAAAAGAAAAACAACCUCUGGUGUGAAACAAGAUUUUAAAAACCUUUCAAAUGCACUUCAGUUCAACUGCAUUCCUUCUCACCUAAUUGACAAAAUAAUAAUAAUAAUAAUAAUAAUAAUAAUAAUAAUAGUAAUCUAUAAGACAUGUUUUGCAGCAACCUCCAUGAAAACAAAAGUGUUAAUAGGUUGAUAUUUUAUAGGCAUUUUUGGAGACGAUCUCCUUGUUUUCCCCUCUGUGUAGAUUUAUCUUUCUUUUCAGUUAAAUAAGACAUCAAGUUUACCUAUUGGCCCAUCCGGUUUUGACUACCAGACUAUAUUUGUUGAAAAACUCUUGUGGACAGUUACACAACAGUAGACAAAUUGUUUGAUUACUAAUUGCAUUACCUUAAUACAAGAUUAGAGUUAAUUCUCAAUAAUCAUUGAUUUCUGGCAAUUAUAGUGAGCUUGCUGUACCAGGUGUUGCUAGUGUAAAUCAUUAGCUCAAAUAGGGCCUGCAGGUUUUCCCACCAGAUCUAAAUUUAAGUCUGUUUGUCAAUCUCUGACUGUCACAAGAAAAUUAUGAGAUGCUCUGCACACUCUUAUUUUUUACAAUUCACAGUUAUGAUUAAUAAACAAAUUCAAACUGAUUUAGCACAGACAUGAAUUUCCACCUGUGGGUAAUAUUCCUCAAAACAGUUAAUAAUUACAUAGGCAAUCAGUUUAUGUGGUCAACUGUUACUCCUGGGUUCAAAUUGUUUGCCUUUCUCUUCACUGGAGUGCUCUGUCAUAUAGUCCUUUUCAGAGUCUCUUGGGAAGGAUUCUUUAAUCUUGAAUUUUUAAAUGGCUAAAAACCACAUUAUGGAGAAUGACUUUCUCAUGCAUGGCGAAGCCUUACUCUUGAUUCUUUGAAGAUUUAAAUGUUCUUUUAAAUUUUCAAACAUACAAGGACUUAACAUGCUUUAGGUAAGAGUUGUUUAAAAAAAUUUAUUCUUUGGUUUUUAGGUAACUGCCUUUCCAUCAUUCGCCAACUUCUAAAAAAUGAGUACAACAGACAAUCUCAGUUGAAACCACUUCUCUGGGAUAGUACCAUUCAAUUGCCUUUGGAAGAUGUUUACACAAGAUUGAAAAUUUUUUGCAGAAGAAAACAAGAUUUCCGGCUAGGAAACAAUGAAGUAAACAUGUCUGAAAUUUUUAAAGUGGAGAUAACAUCAUUGUGCUUGUAGAAGGGAGCCCUGUUGUAGGUAAGACAACUUUUUGUCUUAAAAUUGCCCAUGAUUGGGCUAAUAAGGCAACUUCGAAGGUGGAUUCCUUUCCUCAAUUUGAAGUAAUUUUAUUGCUCAAAUGCCGCGAUAUUCAUGGGGACAUAAUAGAUGCUAUCAGGAAAGAGCUUAUUGAUUAUAUUGAAGAUUUCCAUUACCAAGGAAAAGUUUUAAUAAUUCUGGAUGGUCUUGAUGAGUUACCUGAGAUGUCAGAAAGUUGUGUGGAUAGAUUGCUUCAAAAAUAAUUUUUCCAUUUUGCUAUGUAAUUUUUGUGCGAAAAAAGGUGAACUUCGAUAUGCUUUUACAAAUUGAAGGCUUUACAAGAGAAGAUGCUUUUAAUUAUAUAAAGAAGUAUUUUAAGAAUACGGGUCCUGAAAAUGUGUCAAAUGGAGAGAGGCUCAUAACAGAAAUGCAAACAAACUCUUUCCUUGAUGCACUAUGGAACAAUCAACUGAAUUUGUCACUCCUUUGCAUUGUGUUUGAGGACCACGAGGGAGAACUGCCAUCUUAUCGCGCUGAACUUUACCAGAUAAUUGUUUGUUGCCUUUUAUGAAGAUAUUGUGCCAAGCACAACCUGGAGGUGCCUGCUGAUGACAAAGCUCUAACAAGGCACUUUGAAGACAGUUUGCUAGUUCUUGGAGAGUUAGCUUGGAGAUGCUGGGAAGAAGAUCAAUUUUCAUUUCAUGAAAAAGAGUUGGUAGAAUUUGAAUCUACACAUGAGAGUCUUGCAGCUUGCAAACUUGGUCUUGUGUUCAAGGAAGCCAGCUUAAGGAAGAUUAACCCACAGCACGGGUAUUUCUUCUUUCACAAGACAUUUCAAGAGUAUCUGGCUGCAUUUUAUCUAGCACAUAUGCUUUUGAAACAAAAGAUUUAUUUUUCUGAGUUGCAUUUGGACUUAUAUGAGGAUCUGACAGAGAGGUACAGACAAGUGUUUAUAUUGUUUCAGUGAGAAAAGAAAUUAUGAAAAAGUGGCAAUGACUCUGUUCCUUUAUUCUAUUUCCACAGGCCAUAACUAUUGAGUUAUCAGAUUAGGAAAGAACAAUAGAGUGGUUCAUUAUUUUGAAUGCCUGCACAAAAUUUUUAAAAAUCAGACUCUCAGAAAUGCAUUUUCCUGCACUCUGAGAUGCAAAUUUUUUAUUCUCUUAAUCAAAAAGUAAUGAAAAUGAAAUAGGGCAAAAACAAUUAUUAGACAUUGUUAUGAAAGUAGUGAAGAACAUGGUGUGGUGUUAAGUGUCAAGUGGCUUUGCCUUGUCUCAAAGUUGACAAGUUGUCAUUUUUGCAGAAUUCUGCAUUCACAGUUGUGAAUUGAUACAUUUCUCUUAUAACUAAUACCUUUAUAGUAUUCACAGAGAUUAAUAAAGUUUUUAAUUUCUUUAACAGUUCAAACAAUUUUAACAGUUUGUAAAGUUGUUUCAUGCACAUAAUUGGCAACUGAGUCUAACUGCUUGGUCUAUUACAUCUUUUGCUUUUGAUACAGGGGGCCCAUUGAUGGAAAUUUGUAACAAGGAGUCAAGCAUGUCAUCUUUCAAUGAAUUUUGGAAGCCUUCUGUUUAUCCGCUUCAGUACACUUGCACCUCUUUCUGGCCAGGCGUUAGUCACAGACAGGCUCUGGGCUACAGCAGACAACUUCACCAGGUUUGGAAACAUUACUUUGAGUAAUGAAAUGCUGCACAUCUUGGUUAGCAACCACUCAGGCAGAGUAUUCCAUGGCUGUGGGAAUCCUGUGCAACGAACUUGAAGUGUUCUUACUCAGACUUGAGGGCUUCAAAUUCCACCUAAUCUGUGGUGCCAAAGUGGUCUGGAAGUGUGGCCAUAUGGUUCACCCCUUAGCUCUUGAAAUCAGUGGCUUCCUUUGCAGGGAGACAUUGCAAUGAGAGAUUGAAAUGGCUUGAACAAGUGGCAGGGAAGGGAAUCUUACUGAUAUGUUCUCUUUCAACCUUGCCAUGUAAGUUGUAAUUAAACCACAUUUCUUGAAAGAAGGAACUUUACACAAGCCCCUUCUCUAUGACAAAUACUGUUGAGCUUUCCCAAAUAUGGGUUCAACCAUUCUUAUUGGAUAGUAGAUAUCUGUCAAAAUCAAAAUGCUUAACUACAAAGCCUGGAAAAAGGAAGAAAAAGGACUGUGGACUGCUUAUACUUUUUUUUCAUUAACUUUAGUCAAUUUUCUAGGAUUGAAAAGCAAGAAAAAUUCAACUGAUACUUCAUUUAUUUGAUAGCACAGUGGUAAUUAGUAUCAGAGGAAAAAACUCAGGCUAUGUGUGCUAAGCAUACUUCACCUUAUUUUGCUGAUUUGAUAAAAUAGGAAAUACCCAGUCUAAUACCCAUACCUUUCAUGGCCAAGUGGCUGUACAAUUCAGUUAGAGGAGAGACUUUGAGAAAGACCUUCCUGUCUUAAUUGACUCAUCUUUUAGAAAGAAAGGUGUAAUAGUUACUGCCAUUUAUGAAUGUCUUGUUACAUGCACUCAGGUAUCCAGUGAGUGUCAUGUGCUUUGUUGAAACUCAGGUUGAAGAUACACUUGUAUUAAUGGUGUUUGAUUGUUCUUGCAUUGAUAUUUGUGAUAUGAUCUCUAUACUCAAGUUAGGUCACAAACUAAAUAUCAUGUUUCAUUUAAGAUGGUUAAAAGAGAAUUUUAAUUGAAGAUCCUUUUUAUGAAAUACAUUUUCUAUUUCAGUUGUUAAUGUUUAGUGCAGAUGAAUUUUAAAUCAGUACAUGUAGUCAAGAAAAACAGUAAGAAAAGAAAUUUCUCAAGCAUUUUACAGCUGUAUGUUGAAACUGCAAAGUUUAAAGUUAGAUUGACCAAGCUACAUAGUCAAGUGAAUUCUUUGUUUCCAUAUUUGUUUCCAUCUUUUCAAUGGAACAAUGCAAACAGAUUUUUAACCUUUUUACUCUCAAGAUCUCAAUUUUGUAUUGAUAUUGUAAAGAGAAAUUGCAUUGUGGUCUCUUCUGGGCAACAAGGCUAAGCUCUUUGCCAGUAACAAGAUUCCAGUCUGUUUCCAUACAAAAUGUGUAUAUUUGAACGCUUCCGGAAUUAGUACAAAGUCCAAAUUAUUUUGAAUUGUUUCAGAGGAGGAUUAAAUAUUGGAAAUAAAUUAUAUGCUGACAAACAAUCAGCACCAUAAAUGUAAUAUUUUUAAUAUACACAGAAAGGAAAUAUAGACCCUGCUUUGAGACCAAGAAGAGGGAUUGAAUUGAGACUUGUUAAAUUUAGUGUAAUGAAACUUUCUGUAUCAUUAAUCUUUCCUUGAUUGUUUUUCAGUUAUGGUGGAAUGCUGAAUGCUUAAAUGAGGUAUAAAUUUCCAAAUGUGAUAGAUGUUGCUUUGGUAGCCAUCACUCCAAUUUACAUGACCACUUUCCAUGGAAGUGAAAGAGACUUUUUCUUUACUGCAGUGACAAAGGUAAUGGUAAAUUUUUUUUUCCUUUUGACGUUUCAACUUUUUCAGCCUUUUCUCUUGUUCAGGUUGAUAAUUAGUUGUCCUCUCCAUAACAUCAGGGAAACAAUUAAUUCACUCAACAUUAAACUCCCAUGUCAUGAGUGACCAAAACAAAAUAUCUCCUUACAACAUCAAGCAGACAAGUGAUGAGACUGAAGUGUCAUGUCAAUGAGGAGAUUAUUAGUUGAUCUGAUACAAAAUUCUCCAAAGUAACAUCAUAAGAAUUGUAUGGCAUAUAGUAAGGAGAAUUAAUAAUGAGAUCUGGGAGUUAAAGGGUCAGGAUUUGUCAAUAGUAAAAGAUUUGAGAGAGUCAGAGUAAUUUUUCUCCUUUUUGAGAAACGUUAUGGAGGAUAAUGAAAAAACAAGUUGUUAUUUGACUCAGUUCUAGACAUUAUUGCUCCUAUCGGAGGAUAUCUAAAAUAUCUGUUUGUUUUUAAUGAUAUCAACAAAAGAAAAACCCAACUAUAAUUGCAAAAUUAUUGCAACAUGGCCAGACUUUUGUUUCUAUGUUUAUAGUUGAUUUUAAAAAAUAAUUAGGUCAAUUAAUAUAAUUUUGUCAUUUAUUUCCAAGGACUUUUUAAAUGCAGAUGCCAAUUGUCCAUCCAGGUUAUGCUAUUACAGCUUUUGAAAUGAUUGAGAUGUUGAAAAAUCAAGGUGCAGAAGGUAAAAUGAAUCAGAGUUAGCUGUAGGAAAUCCAUGGAGUUGCUGAACCCUCAAUUAAUCUAAUGUACAAUGCAAAAACCAGAAAAUAGGUUAUAUCAAAUGUGUUAUCCUAAUAUUAAACGUUUUUUAAAUAAUUUAAAAGAAAAUGGGUAGGAACUCGAAGGGAGAAAUGCUCGUCAAAUCUUGAAAAUGAAGGGGUUUACAUCUUUUGCUGUAUUUAAGUUGGAAAUUUGGAAUGCUGGUAUUAGGCAGGGGACUGGGGAACAGGCAAUACUCCCCUUGUGAGGGAUGUCAUGAGUGUGCUGCAUUAUUGCAUGAGGAAAUUGCCUCAUUAAUGUGUCAUCCUCUUUUCCUUAACCCUUUAACCCCUAAGAGUGACCAAAUUCUAAUUUCUCCUUACAAUUAUAUCAUCCUUGAAUCAAACAUUAAGGUCACAGGAAUCAAGGAAAUGACCACCUACUUAUAAAGCUCUUGAUUUUUCAACAAAUUCUGCUUGUCAGUGUUUCAGGAAAUGUAUAGAGAACAGUAUGGAGAAUAUUCUUAGUGAUAUUAGGGUGUAAAGGGUUAGUAUUAAGGAGUAUAUUAAGUAAGUGAAUCAGACUCCUUUUGAAUAAGCUGUUUGAGUGAGUGACUGUCAUUUAUGUGGGUAAAUAUGACAAGGGGCUGGUUACAUCCUACAUUAUGGCAUGUACAAAUGAUGGUUCAUGAUGUUGAUGAUGUUCCAUACUUGGAGAUCAAUAAUUCUCUGUGAGUGAAACUGGUGUGGAGUUUAUUUGAAAUUCUUUCUUCAUUUUAUAGGACUUGCUGAGCUCUUAAAAAUAUUUAAACUCUGCAAACCGCUAAAGCCAACAGAACAGGUAAGGAUUAUUUGGUCAUCACUCAAGAACUAUGAUAACACUUGUCAUAGGAAGCAGGAUUUUUUUUACACUGUUCAGUAACUAUAUCUGUUAGCCUAUUUACAAGAUCAAUGCUAUAAUAAUAGGUAUUAUUGUUUGUCUCUCAAUUUGAUCACAUAUGAUGUGGAUCAGGAUGUUUUGACUGCAUAAUGUUAGUCUUCAUCAGGUGAUAAGGUCGACUGGAUUAGGGCAGGAUGCAUUGCCGUAAUUGGUUGUUAUUUUCCCCUGCCGUGAUCGGCACGUUUCGAUCCUUGAUGUUAGUGAGUUUUUCCCUGGGUGGUCUUCUGUCAUACAGCACUCUGGUUGUAGUGUUUUUUUUUAGUUGUUUUUUCUUUUUUAUAAUGGGCAUCUACACUUCAGGAUUUUGUAUUCUAUUGUUCCUGUUGAUGUUGUUGGGGUAAAGUCUUAGGUGAAUUGUCUCUUUGACCCUUCAGGUGUACCAGUGAGGAUCACAAUCAAUCAACUUAACCUCAUUCCAAAGCAAUUGGUGUCCAGUGUCGUUGGCAUGCUCUGAAACAGCAGAGGUCUGGGCACGUGCUGGUCGGAUGUCUUGGUCAUGCUCCUAGACUAGUGCUACUUUACUCCUCUCACUUAGCUUAUGUUUCCCCUCCUCUCUCAGCCAGUUACUCUUCCAUUUCCUCCUGAUAUCUCUCAGUCUGGUGUCACAAGUGGCUUGCAUUUGUGCUUGAUUUUUGUAAAAAAUUUUACCUGAAAAACAUAGAAUUUAGGGCUUCCUUGUAGAUGUGUCUUUGCUGAAUUCCAGUAUUGUUGUUAUUGUUGCUGUUUAUUAUCAUUAUUAGUAAUAAUAGGUAGUAGUAGUACUAUUUUCAUUAUUAUUAUGAUCAUUUUUAUUAUGAUUAUUAUUAUUUAAUUUUAAUUAAUGUCAUUAUUAUCAUUAUUGGUGCUCAACUGUCUCCCUAACUCUUGCUGUAUGUCUUUCCUUCUGACCCUCAUCCAUAUAUUGUUUCACCAAUUAUUUAUUUUUUGUUUUCAUUUUAGAUCCCUCACAUUUUGGGCUAGAUUUGCAAUUCUUUCACAACCCUAGCAAUGGGUGAUUAUCCUUACCCAACAGACUUUCUGGCUCCACUUCCUGGGUGUCCUGUGAACUUGGCAUAUAAAAUGAUGGCAAGGGUGUCGUCCAAGGUUGAAGGUCUGACUGAGGUCACAGCUUUAGUCUACAAUAGCACUAAUGGUACACUGACUUGUCUUGAUCCAGAUACAGAGUACAUCGAAUGUGCAGACCCCACUGGGUGUGGCCUGGGUCCAGACAGCCUUGCAUGGGACUAUCAGGUAUUGGGUUGCAUAUCUUACUUGUCCGUAGUUCUAAUUUCUCUUUACAAUCUAUCCCUUGAAUCAAAUGUUUAAGAUAGGAGAAUGAAGGAAAUGAUCAGCAACUAACAAAGCUCUUGAUUGUUUUACAAAUUCUCCUUCGCAAGUCAUUCAUGCUUGUUCGAGAAGUGUAGUUAGUACGCUAGUGACAUGCAGUCCUUUAAUUGAACGCUAGUACAUAACGACGCAGUUCAUUCAUCGGAGAAGUGGAGUUAGUACGCUAGUACGUUGGUACGCUAGUGACACAGUUAGUAUAUGUACUGAUAGUACUGUAGUACUGGUGAACACCGUUAGUACUGUAGUACUAAUGACUAAGCAAAAAACUAAAAGAAAUCUUUCCUAAAACGGGCAGCAUAUGUUCUUGCCUGCUCAUAUUCAGGAAACAAAUGGUACAAAUGAUUCAAGCUUUGACUUAAGUCCGCUAAAGUAUUCAAGGUUUUUUUUUAAAAAUUUGUCAAAAUAAGAUUUAUAUUUUAUCUUUUCAGGUUUGUACUGAGCUUUCUCUUCCAGCUGGUUCUAACAACAAGACAGACAUGUUUUCACCUCUGCCAUGGACUUCAGAAAUGAUAUCCACAUACUGCCAGAAAAAAUGGGGUGUGGUACCUCAACCUAACUGGGCACCCAUACAGCUCUGGGGAAAAGGUUGGUUUCCUUAAGACAAAAGCACUCCUGGUAGGAAAGAGCGUGAAUCAAUUGUUGUGCACAGCAUGUGAUUAUGAUGCUGAGCUGGGCUUGAUUGAACCAGACUUUUUGAUGUUGAGUCUAUCAUGCUAAGCAUUGGGUUACACUAUUGUUUCAAGUCCCAUUUUCAUAGAUCCACACGUUUUCCUUUUUGAAUGGCAGCAAUACCAGUAUUUGAUUUAAUGUGAUACAGAAUUUUUGUCAAAACUAGAACACCUGGAAAAAGUCCAGGGUGUAAUUUGUGGUAAGACCAAUCAGAUGAGAUUAGGACUUGAAAACAAAUCCUAAAACUAGCAUCCCUGUCUGUGUUGAAAAUUUCUCAUGCCUGAUGGGUUAACUUUUCUUGAUACAAUAGUAUUUCACUCUUAUUUCAGUGACCACAGUUUUGCAAGUUUCUCAGUUAGUGUUUAAGUCACUGUGAAACCUUCCUCAUUCUAGUUUUAUGGUCAGAGAAGUCCUUUGUAGGGCAAGAAUAAAAAACAUGUUCUUGUACUGAUUGAUUUUCAGAUAUAUCUUCAUUUUCUAAUUGUUACAAUACGUACGUGAUUACAUGCACUAUCAAUGUCUAACUAGACUGAGAUCGAGUUACAUCUGUAUUGUCUUACAACGCUGUAUGCUACCGAAUGGUUGAUAAAAACGGAUCUUGAAACAUGGUGGCAGCGAAAUAGGAUAACGAGUCCUCCGCCUACCACUUACGGAGUCGAAAACAGUUGAAAUCAUCUUGGUGUAGUAAUGUCCGACUCAGAAACGGUGCCUGAAGCACCACCACCUGGCUCUUCGCAACAGACCCUAACACAACUGGGAGGUGUGCAACACCCACCUUUUGGCGCGAUGGCCGGGAUAAAGCCUCCUGGAAAACUAGUUACGACUGGGAAUGUGGCGGACAACUGGAAAGUAUGGAAACAAAUGUGGGGCAACUACAUGGUCAUUGCUCAACUCGAGCUGAAACCGCCGGCGUACAAAGUCGCAUUGUUUCUCCACUGCAUCGGUGUUGAUGCGUUAAAGAUUUUUAACGGCUUCCAAUUCGACACUCCAGACGAUAGACAUGACCUUGCAAAGAUAAUACAAAAGUUCGACGAAUUCACCAUCGGCGAACUGAACGAAACCUUUGAAAGGUACACUUUCAACUCCAGAAAUCAACAGGAAAACGAAAGCAUUGAUGCUUAUGUCACCGUCCUUCGCACACUAGCGAAAACAUGCAAUUUUUGUGACUGCAUGCGUGAUUCGAUCAUUCGCGACAGGAUCGUCCUGGGCAUUAAAGAUCACCGCACUCGCAAACGGCUUCUACAAGAACGGAGUCUCACCCUGGCGAAGUGUGUCGAUCUUUGCAAGAGUUCUGAGGCAACAAAUUUGCAAUUGAAAACGAUCUCGGGCGCCCAGAACGAAGAUGUUCACGCUGUGCAAGAUAAACACCCGGCUUCAAGCCGCCAUAAUGACAAGUCCAGGAAAAGCCGCGCGGGGAAGACGAAGACCUGUAAAUUUUGUGGCAAAGCACAUCCUUUCGAAAAAGGAAAGUGUCCAGCGUGGGGCGCGAAAUGUACGAAGUGCGGUGGCAGAAAUCACUUUGCAACAACCUGCACUACUCCGACCAGAAAAGUGUACAACUUGAGAGAUGAAUCCUCCGAUGACAGCGACAUGGAGUACAUUACAAGCAUUGUUGCACGACCGGACAUGAUACACUCUGUUACGCAAGAACAUGAUUACCCAAGAGUAAUCUACACUGAGAUGCUUGUCGGCAAGGCAGAAGUGAAUGCCAUUUCCGCGGAUGUUGUGGUUGAUAAGAAGCUUGAGCCCACCACAAAGACACUACAAAUGUGGAACGACACAACACUAAAGCCACUGGGUUCCUGUUGAUUAAUUCUUCACAAUCCAAAGAAUAAGAAGUUCUCGGUGGAAUUCCUUGUCGUUGACAGACAACUGACCCCACUCAUUGGAGCAAAGGCAGCUCAACAGAUGGGCCUAAUUACUGUCAACAAAACUUCACGAUCGCAAAACCACCUGAACGAUCAAGGACAAAGGUUAAGAGCGUGCAGACGGCUGACGAAAUAGUAGCGGCCUACCCAGAGGUGUUCCAAAGAGAGCUAGGAGCAUUACCAGGAACAGUUCACCUUGAAGUCGAACAAGGCGCAACUCCCGUCGUCGCUCCUCCACGCCGUGUCCCAACGUCACUCAAAGAGAAACUGAGGAAAGAACUGGAUCGACUACAGCAAUUGGAUGUCAUAGCUCCAAUCGAUGAACCCACUCCAUGGGUUAGCAGUCUUACCGUGGCUGUGAAGAAAUCUGGAGCGCUGAGAAUCUGUAUCGACCCCAGGCCACUUAACUUCGCCCUGAAGAGAGAAAGGUAUCAACUUCGUGUACUUGAGGACAUUCUCCCGGAGCUCUCCAAAGCAAAAUUAUUCUCGACAGUUGACCUCAAGUCGGGAUACUGGCGCUGUGUCCUUGCCCCUGAGUCCAGCAUACUCACGACCUUUGCAACACCCUACGGAAGGUACAGAUGGAUUCGUUUGCCCUUCGGUCUCUCUGCCUCGUCCAAGAUUUUCCAGAAGCACUUAACUCACGCACUGGAAAGCUUACCUGGUAUUCUGUGCAUCGCGGACGACAUCCUCAUUUAUGGCACUGGAGAUACCGAUGAAGAAGCCACUGCAAACCACGACAGGAGUCUACGAGAUCUCCUUCAAAGGUGCAAGAACCGCGGCAUUGUCCUUAACCCAGACAAGAUGAAGCUGAGGAUGAGCGAGGUAAAUUUCAUAAGGCAUCUCCUGACGAACAAGGGCCUGAAGCCUGAUCCUGCCAAAGUAGAGGCGAUCACAAAAUUGCUGAAGCCACAAGAUGUGGAGGGCGUUCAGCGCCUCAACGGAUUUGUCAAUUAUCUAGCCAAGUUCCUUCCGAAACUGUCUGAAGUCAUGGAACCGAUUCGUCGCCUGACUCGGAAGGACGCUCCAUGGAACUGGUCUUCGGAACAAGACCAGGCGUUUGCAAACGUGCAGCGGCUAGUAACAGAAGCGCCUGUUCUACGUUACUACGACCCUUCCCUAGACCUCACCAUACAGUGUGAUGCGAGCCAGAGUGGCCUUGGUGCAGCAUUACUUCAGAACGGCAAGCCUAUAGAGUACGCAAGUCGCUCCCUUACCGACACAGAAACCCGGUAUGCUCAAAUAGAGAAAGAGAUGCUGGCGAUUAUCUUCUCUCUUGAGCGUUUCAACCAGUACACAUUUGGUCGACAUGUACACAUCGAAAGUGAUCACAAGCCACUGGAGAUGAUUCUACAGAAAUCACUCGCUCGAGCCCCUCGACGCCUCCAGUUAAUGAUGAUGAGGUUACAGAAAUACGAUUUCACCGUGCACUAUGAGUGUGGCGAGAACAUGCAUUUGGCCGACAUGCUGUCAAGGGCUUACCUGCCCUACAACGGUAAAGAAGUAGAUGACUUCGAAUCAGUCAACAUGGUCCGUUAUCUGCCCAUAUCUGACCAUUGUUUAGACGAAAUAAGAGCAGAGACCCGGAAGGACCCGUGUCUGCGAGAGUUGUCAGAUACUAUUCUCGUAAGAUGGCCUGAGAAGAAGGAGCAUGCUCCAGCACUGACACACCCUUACUUCAGUAUGCGUGACGAACUGACCGUACAAGAUGGGCUGGUUUUCAAAGGGAAUUUCGUUGUAAUACCAAAGAGCCUUUGCGCUGAUAUGAAGCUGAAGAUUCACUCGUCCCACCUUGGAAUAGAGGUGUGUCUGAGGCGUGCCCGUGAAUGUAUCUACUGGCCAGGCAUGUCUGCGGAAAUGAAGCACCACAUCUCUGCCUGUGAAAUAUGUAGAGAACUCGACAGCACCACACACCCAAAGGAGACACUAAUGUCCCACGAGGUCCCAUCCCGUCCUUGGGAGAAGAUCGCCACAGACAUCUUUACUCUUGAUGGCAAAGACUACCUGGUCACCAUAGACUACUAUAGCAAUUUCUGGGAGGUGGACAGGUUGCCAACCACUAAAGCCAGCACCACCAUUCUGAAGCUAAAGAGUCAUUUUGCUCGCUAUGGUAUACCUGAUUAAGUGAUCAGUGACAAUGGGCCACAGUUUACAGGUGACGAAUUCGCUGAAUUCUCCAGAAAACAGGAUUUUGAGCACCUUACCAGUAGCCCUGGAAAUAGCAAAGCCAAUGGCAAGGCCGAGUCUGGGGUGAAGACAGUCAAGCAUAUUCUGAAGAAAUCAAUCAGGGCUGGAACCGACCCAUACCUUGCCGUACUCGACUAUAGAAACAUGCCGACACAAGGGAUGACAACAAGCCCAGCACAACGUCUGAUGAGCCAAAGGACCAAAACACUCCUUCCUACCACUCAAAGCCUACUGCUACCCAGGACCAUAAACCUGGAAGUGGAAAAGAAAGAGCUGCGACAGCGCCAGCAGGCCCAAGCCAAGUACUACAACCGGUCCGCAAAGGAUUUACUCAGUUUGUCUGCAGGCGAUGUUGUUAGAAUGAAGCCAUUCAAACUUGGUGAUAAGUCUUGGCGCAAGGCCAAAGUCACUGCAAGACUCGAUGAGCGAUCAUACACCGUUGAGACGGACAACAGAGCAGUCUACCACAGAAACUGACAGCACCUGCAGAAAACGUCUGAACCACCAGUUGAACCCACUAUCACAGCGCCAGAACCGGAUAUGGCCAGCGCAGAUGAACAGGCAACCACAACCGCAGCGUCUACCCCUGACCAGAGCAAUGUUCCUCACAAGCCACACCCUGAAGAGGUGACUGUUCCGGAACAAUGUUGGAGGUCAGAGCGAGUCAGGAGGAGCCCAGCAUACCUCAAGGAUUAUAUUUGUGACUAGACUCGUGACUUUAAAUCCUUCUUCGCGGUUAUCACAGGGUUCAGUGUUCUCAUUUACUGAUCCUCUCAUGUCAAACUCACCAGCUGAUAGAUUUUGUCCCAUGGCAUUGAUUCUGAACUGAACUGACAUUGACACUUUUAUUGGUCAAUUUCUUUUUUCUUUCUUUCUUUUUCUCUUUUUUCAAGCUUUUCUUCAUUAAAAAAAAAAAGAAAAAAAAAAGGAGGAUGUUACAAUAUGUACGUGAUUACAUGCACUAUCAAUGUCUAACUAGACUGAGAUCGAGUUACAUAUUUAUUGUCUUACAACGCUGUAUGCUACCGAAUGGUUGAUAAAAACGGAUCUUGAAACACUAAUAUUAUUUUUUGCAAUGGUGACCUGGGUCCAUGGAGACCUGGUGGGGUAAGUUAAUGGUAUUUGAAGGGCUCUUGUUGCUACUAUUAUUGAUGGAAUCAUAAAUGGUUGUUGGAUUUAAAAUGAAUUUAUUAUAUUUUAGGUGUUAGAAGAUGUCUCACCAACACUGGUGGCACAUCUGGUCAGAGGUGGAGCUCACCAUCUUGAUCUGAGGUAUGUUUUAACCUUUCACUGACCACAUUGAUCAAUAUGCAAAUUCUCCUCCUAUUGUUUAGAAAGUUUAAGAGGUGGUUGCUGACAGUAAAUGAAAUUGUGAGCUCCAGACUGAAAGCCGAAAUUCUCUGCUUUAACUAAUCAUGAAAUGUGUGGUGAGAUGUAGGAAGAAUUUUCUCUGAGAUCUUGGAGCAUGCUAGGUGCAGAGCAUACUAGCUGCCAAAGCCCUAUUUGGGGAUUUCCUUCAUUGAAAUAUGGCUGGUGAGGAUUAGAAAAACAACAAAACCUGUUUCAAAGAAAUUUUCUGAUUAUUGUUGCUAUUUCAGUUUUAUUGAUUAUUGAUGUAAUUAUGUCAAUCAGAGCAUCCAAUCCACUGGACCCUCCUACAGUGACACAAGCACAAGAACAAGAACUGGAACUGAUUCGAAAAUUCUUACAAUAGAGCCAGAUAAUUUAAUGGACAACAAUUACAGUUGUCUCACUAAAAUUUUUUGUAUGAAUUGAUGUAAUAAUAAUCAGACGUUAUUCUAUAAGUCUAUUACUUAAUUUUUUUUAAAUGAUGGAUAAUAGAAAAUGGUAUUUCUGACGAUUGAGUCUGCGAAUAAGGCAGAAAUAAAUAUUUUGUCGGCACAAGAUACGACAAGGCCCGGGCCUUAGGCCCGAGCAUCAUGGGUAAUGAUGCAGUGGUAUAGGCCUCAGAACCAACCGUCCACCUCUGGCUGAUGACAAAUUUAUUUUAGUUUGAAAACUUAUUUUUUUUAACUGUGAAGCCUCGUAGGACGGGCUGCCAACUGCUCUGAGUGUGGGCCAUGGUUCCUACCCAGAUUUCCUGUCAUAUUUUUUCCCCAAAGGGGUUUUUUUCUGGCAGGUUUUUUCUGGCCUCCAUAUAACCAUAGUAAUGUCCAUGUAAGCGGUUGCCCACCUCUGUUAAUCCCAACUUGGUGAAGUGUACAUGUAAGUAAUGUAUACCUAUUUUGAAUGUGUAAGGAAUUGACUUUAUAUUAGGAUUGUAUAUGGUAUAUCAGUUGCGAAUGUGUGUAUGCACGCCUUGGGCUAUAUGUGCCUCGGGUUGGUUCUCGGAAGGCUUCCCUAAAUAAACUUAUUUGGUGUACACUACUGUGUUUUUUGUUGUGUAGUGGAGACUAAAUAGGCAUUUUUCAGCAAAGGUUAACAGUUGAGUCACUUUGUGGGUGUAUAAUUUUAGAUAAAAUUUUCAUGGAGCAUCAGAACUUACUAAUUAGGAAUUAGAAUUUUAAUAUAGAAUCUUAUAUUUUUUAUUUCAUGCAGUGGAUGAAAUUCCAAAGCCUUGCACUAGUUCAAUGCUGUUAAUGAAUGUUUAAGAAUAAUAAACUGUUUGAAAGGAAUAUCACCUCUUUCUGGUUUUGGUGUGCACAUUUUUUCAACUCGUAUUAGUUUCAUUUCUGUCAUCCCUUAUUGCUCCUUUUCUGCAGGCAAAUUUCUGUUCUCUUUAUUCUUUGGGUAAUUCAUAUUUGCUCUGACCUUAGACUUCACGGGUUUGGAGGAGGGGGGCUGGGGGUCUACGUAUCCGGGUGCACUGGGGAAGGCUUAGGUAUGAAAUUAAAGAAGGUGAUGUCCCUUUCCCUCCCCUCCCUUUUCUUAACCAUGAUAGAAAUCCAAGGUCUUCUUAGUAGCCCAUUGAUAGGCUCGUGGUCUUGCAAAAAUCGCCAAGAAAAACGACUUUCAUUAACAGUGAUCUGUACCUCCUAUCGCUCUUCUCAGUGCUACUGACCCAUGGAGAGGAGAGUAUUUUCCUCCCAGCACUCCUUGCAGUAAUCCAUUCCUCACGUGCAACAUGGCGGACCGUUCCAAAAUGUGUUUUAAAUGGUUAGUUUGUAUUUUUCUCUACUUUUUCGUAAGUUCUGGGUGAAUAAAUGUUUUCUUGCCGGAGGGGUUAACUUGGUGAUUUUACUCCACGUUUUCGGUGGCUGGAAGAGUCAGCGUGAACCCAGAGAUCUUGUUUUAUGUUGAUACUCAUUGGUUAACGAUUCAAACCCGCAAGUGCCUUCUGGUAGGUAAUGGAAUACUUACUAAUAUUUGAUUGUCUGAGAACAUAAUAAUAUGAUAAGCUGACCGACAAAUAGCAUUUGAUCAGAUUGAUCGGUUGGGUACCGGCUAUUAUUUAUCUCUUGGGCAGUUAGAAGAUUUUAGUUGUGUCACAUUAAAAUUUACCUGAUUUCCCCCCCCCCCUCCCCCCCAUAAGGCUCUGUAGUAUUUUUAACAUUUCCCUCCCUUCUGUCACCCCUGCCCCCCCCCCCCCCCCCAUCAGUGGCGAUCAAUUGGCAGUCAACUCUCUUCAUUACCCCUUUAUACUCUGUUGACUAUCUCUGGAAAUAGGAAAACCAUAGGAAAGCACAUAGGAAAACCCCGUCUAAACAUAGGAAUGUUGUUUGCAAGCUUACCCAUAAACAACUCUGUGUAUGUUGUGAUCAUGACAUGGUGUUAGACAUGUGGGUAUGAUAUACAAAAAUAGUGUGAGCACAUUUUAUUAUGUUGGUGGCAUUUGUGAUAACAAAAUAAUGCUAUCUUUGCUUAUGAAAAGCUUCUAGUGUGUUGGGAUUGUUCCUGCCAGUCCCUCCUUAAAUAAAGUGAUUCGUCAACAAGCUUUGUUGUUUGCAUACUGUUGAGAGGACACUAAAUGUCAUGCUAUCUUUGCUUGUGAAAAGCUUUCAUGGUUAUGUUGUACUGUGUCAUUCCCUAUAGUAAUUAGGACUGCAGCUGUAACCAUUUAAGGGUAAUUUGAUGAAAUCAUAUUUUAACUUUGCAGGCAUCUUCUUGUUCCCAAACUGAUCUCUUCAAAGUAUCUUGAGGCUUUAGAUGCUCACUUGUAA